AUGAAAUCGAUUCCUAAUAGCGGAUUUCUCUGCAUCUAGGGUUCUGGCUUUAAUCGGCCUAACGCCUGCUUUCGAUGGCAAUCAAGGAUUGAUUUAUGAAGGGUAAUCCUUAGCUUACAUAGCUGUAGAUUGGUCCAUUCCCGUAAGGGUUCUCCCUUAUCUUUCUUCUUCCCUAGGCCCCAGAACCCCCGCUUCCAUAGGAGUUGUAACUGGAUUCUAUUAAUAUGAAGCAAUCUCCUUGGCUUAUUGCUGGAGAUUUUCACUCUGUCAUUCAUUGUGAUGACAGGUUUCAUGGUGCCCCUGUUACAAAUCAUGAGACACAGGACUUUGUGGAGUGCUUGUCUGGCUUACAUCUGGCUGAACUCAAGAGUAUUGGCUGUUUUUCUUUCUGGACAAAUAAAGGUACAGGUGAGAGUAGAAUAGCUAGCAGGAUUGAUAGGGGGAUUGGGAAUAGUCAAUGGAUGUUAAGGUAUCCUCAUGUAAGUAAAUGGAAGGCUUACUAACAUGAUUCCAAGUCUGGGAAACAUAUCUACUAACAGCAGUAAUAGUUGGAGUUUGCCCAAUAACAUAGAAUACCAUAGCAAAUUUCCAUUUAGAAGCACCUUUCUUGGAGUUGAGCUAUUGACUUACCUUCCUCUGGAGGCAGGGAGCAACAAAUGAAAAAGAGGUCAAAUUAUCUCUCUCUGGCGUAGGUUUAGGUGAAUUGCUAUCCAUUGAUGGGGAGGAAUAAGAAGCCGCAAGCUAAUGCUAGUACCUCGAAAGGUCGGGCUAUUACUUCGGAUGUUCGUGGACAAUCUGCGGAGGAUGCUCUUGCAGAGCUUGAUGGUGAUGUGACUCUAGUUCAACCACCUGCGUCCUUAGUUCACCCGUCAGCUGGGCCGAUCUCUGCCCGGAUGCAACGAGUGAUAAUGGAUAUGAACACUGCUUUGGGUCUCUCUGGCGCUGUUGCUAGUACUUCGAAGCCUACCAAUGGAACAGUCACUUCUACCCAGAUCUCGCAGCAGCCAACAUUUCCUCCUGGUAAUGUUUCUCGUCGCCUGGAUUUGGGGAAGGAUGUGCAGCUAGAGUGUUCGUCUCAACGUGGUGAACCAGUGGCUGCUGAUUGGAUUGGUCUCAGGUUGCUAAAGGCCCGUUACUUGCUGCACAGGGUGUUGCUCUGAACUUUGUUGCCCCUGUUCUGAGGGAUGGCAAUAAGAUUGCGCGACUUCCUAAGUCAGAACUCGCUGAAUGGUCUGAGAAAUGGGCGUCUGGAUGCAGAAGUCUUCUCUCUUGGAGGUGGAUUAUUUGCUUUCUGGAGUAUCUGAUCACUCGUGUUAUGGGUAAAAAUACCCAUGACACGUGGACCAAUGGCGUUACGACAUAUGGCAAGGCAAGAAGCUCCAAUAAGACCAGUGAGAUGCUGACACGUGGCAGCACAUUGUUGGUUGGAUGAAAAUGGAUGGAUGAAGGAAUACAAGCCCAUCAACCCAACAGGUGCAACGCACGGAUUUGCGACACUUGGCACGAUCCUGAAGCCAGCUCAAUCAUGAGCACAUAUCCCAAAAGCCUAUAAAUAGGCCUCAUUUACUCUCAUUUGGGGGCAGAAUUUCACAUACAAUAGAAGCUAGAUUUCUCUCUCUAGAUUCCUUCAGUUGUGGAGUAUUCUUGAAAUAGAAAGGAAUAUUCUUAUUAGUAUUACAAGUUUUGUAGCAUUGUAUUUUAGCCUUCCUAAUUAAUAAUAUAAAUCCAUUUUACCCCGAAACAUUUGGCGCCGUCUGUGGGGAAGGCACUAUACAAUGGCAGCACACGUCCCAUAUGGAGAGAAGAUACUUCAUAGGGCCUCUACUGCGCCUCUGAUGAGGCAGAAGAUGAGACCCCCUCCCUAGAGGAGGACAGGCCACCCAGGCGGGAGAUUCUCAAAAGGAAGCUCAGGCUGCUGCCCUGCCCCCUCUCCUGACCAAGGCCCAACUCAAGGAUUUCAUGUCUGAAUUCAGGCAGUCUCUGGUCUCCCAGGUGAAGGUAGUUUGGUAAAACUCCACCCCUACUCACAAGGGACAGGGUCAGACCAAGCGAGGAUGGGGCAGCCAAGAAGGCAAGCCUCAAGAGCCCCAAGAAGAAGUCUGCUAAAGCAACAAAGAAGUCACCUACGAUAGAUUGACUGAGAAAACCAAGUCUAACACCGUACUUAUAGUGCCACGAAGGGAGGUUUCCCAGACCUUUUUGGAUGCUAGGGAGUAUCUAAGGGCCAAGAGGCAAGAGAGAGAGCGCAUUGAGUUGUCUGAUACAGCCUCUACUCCUGUCAUGACAGACCCUACCGUCAAUCAGAGCUCUCAUCAUCAGACUCAUCAUUCUGGCCAGUACCGCACACCUACUCCAAAGGUGAAGCAACAGCCCCAUUGCAUGGAAGAGAUCGGACCUCAGCAGCUUCCACUUCAGCAGCGUGAAGGUGUUCCCCCUUUCCAACAGUUGAACAAUCAGCUUGCAAGGAUGAAUGUGGGAUGGAAAUCACCCUUCUCCUUGGCCAUCCUAACCUCCCCUACAUAAAAGCAUAGGUAAUAUAUAUUAAGACACUUAAGGUAAUUGCUGCUUCAUAGCGUUGAUAGAAGCCUAAGUCACUUUGGGCUCACAUUGACUAUUUCAAGCAUAGGGAUUGCUGGACUGCUCCUGUUCCCAAGAAAUGCUCUUGGGUCUUUUUUUUACAUGAUGCUGGUUAUUUCCUGGUUCAUUUUGCUAGUACUGAUGAUAGGGCUGAGGUCUUUCUUAUAUGGAGGCCCUCAUUCAUUUAACAGUAAACCUAUAAUUGUGAAACAAUGGACUCCGGAUUUUUCUUUUAACAAGGAGGUUUUAAGGGUGAUUCCAAUCUGGGUGCGCUUUCCUAGUCUCCCUCUCAAUUGUUGGACACCUGAUUCUUUGAGUAGAAUUGGGAGUGUUUUGGUAGUCCCUUUGUUCUAAGAUGAGUGUACCACCAAGCAGAUGAGAGUCUCCUUUGCCAGGAUACUUAUGAAACUGGAUGUCACUCAGUCCCCUAUAAUCUAAAGAAAGCUGGAGACUUGUCCAUUAAGCGCCUCCAAAUAGGGUCUUUCAUCCGACGACGUAGAAGCAGUUCUUUCUCCCUCAUAGAGGAAAUAAGUAAGGUGGUAUGUGGUGGUAUACUCUAUUUAUCCGCUUAUUGGAACUCUGUCUAAUGACCUAUGCAUUUUGUUAUCAUUUCCAGAUUGACCUUCACUUCUCUAUUUACUAUCCCCUGAAUUGCUCUUCCCUCCAGUAGAUAUUUUUGGUCUUAGCCAGCCUUUUACAGAUAGAUCUUGCUAGCCGAGGAUGUUCCAAGACCCUCUGCCACUGAAUGAGAUAAACUCUAAGGAGUAUAUCAAAUAAACUAUUCAUCGUUUGGUUGAAGAAACCUUGGAUAGGACCUGCCUGGUUCCGCACCUCUGGAGGUUUUCAAAGUAGCGGACUUAGCAGUCCCUACCCGAGUCAAGCUUCAUCCUUGCCACCUUUCUUGAAGACCUUCCAACACGAUGACCUCAGCUUCAUGGUUGUAGCUGGUAGACCCGGACUAAGUUAUAAAUAUUCCCGGAAGGGAAAAGGCAUAGAAAGCAUGCGGCUAAACUAUCAACGAUAGUUGGCUACACCUACAUCGGAUGAGGUAUUUGAUGAAUCAAUUUCACAACGGGGGCGCAUCAACCUUCUUGGUGGAAAACCACGUCCUAUUCCUAUUGACGAGCUCCAAUAGACUGAUUUUAUUCGGGAUUCAAGAGUCACUCAAUCUAUCCAUGGAGAAUCGACGACCUCAAUGGAAGAAGUCGUUUUGGCAAAAUAUGUUACGGCCGCUAACACUUAUGUUUAAGCUGGACGUCAUCCUAUAGGCCUUCAAGAGAACAGUAGGGCAGAGUGUGGCAGUAGAAUGGGCGGUGUUGCUCUUUAUAGACAGCUUUUAGGAAGCCGCUCUCGGCCUUAUAGGGCGCCCUUCUUUAGCUAGUUCGACCUCUGGAGACAUAUUUGCGUAAGAGAACACAGGCAUGAAUGGUGGAAGACGAAUGGGACAGUUUAGCGGCGGGUUUAGACGGGGGCGUAGAGGAUCAAUUCUUUGUUGGUGAUUCGUCCCCUGUUCAUCUCCUAUACUUGAUCUUAUAGAUCUAAUUCCCUUCAAGUGAAUAUUAUCGUAAGUGAUCACAGAAAGUCGAAGGGCGGUUCAAGUAGUGAAUGGCUUAGUCUCGCUUUUCCUUAUCUGGGCACACUUCGAUCUAUAACUUCAUAUCAUGUACAAUGUACAGGUGCUCCAGCAAAGGAUAACGCCAGCAUCGGUGCAAUUACUCAUAUUUUGGUUUAAAUAACCAGGCUGCAACAAAGUCAGUUUGAAGGAAAAUUGAGCCCCCGGUUAGAGCGCUUUACCUAUCAUUUCUUAGAAGAGGGUCCGAAGGAGGCUCAAUCUUUCACUAUUCAGGAGUAAGGGAAAUCAAAUGCGAUCUAAGCAAGACGCCCUGGAAUUCCAUUCUGUAGGGAAGGAGGACCUAUUGAAUAAGUCUCCAAUCAAUCGUAGGCGGGUGAGCGAAUUUCUUUCUUUUUUGACUUUAGCCGAUCUGAUUGUGACUUGGAUUAGUUUUCUAUCGAAUUUACAUUUGGGCUCAUUGGACUCUUCUAUCUAAGCUUGAGCCCGAAGCGAGUGAAACUCGUCCUUCAUUUCAUACCUCAGUCCGGUGCCUAUGGGUUCUAGCCCCAUGACCCUUCGAUUGAAAGAAAGAUCUCCGCUCUCCUUCUUUCGAAGUUGUAAACUGGUCGAGUCAGCUUCGUUGCUAUUAGUAGUCUCAAAGUCAAUAAGGUAUUCAAUAUCGACGAAAUUCGAUUAGGGGAAAAAGGCCCUUUCUAGAGGUUGUCAAUCUACGAAUUAGUGAUCCAACUGGGCAUCUUACAUAUGAAUUCGUGCUCCAAGUAUGGGCUCUUGCCCUGUCUCCAUAAAAUAAAGGAAGAAGAAGCCAAGACUAAGAGCUUGCUGUCAGCUUCUAGUCUCUAUUCCUAUCCGAGUCCCUCUUUAAGGGAUAACCUACCUAUUCCAUGGUACCCACCUCCAAACAACUCCUAAUUCCCCUAAGUCAAUCUGUCAAUCUUGAGACAAUUCUCGCCUAACUAAGUGUACUUUUUAGCCUUUCAAAAAGGGAAUUCGACCGAGAGCACCUUCUACUGCAUCCAGUACUGGAUAGGAUGACACCCAACAUACCAGAAACGGAUGAUCUGAUUCCAUUCAAUUGGCUUAGAUUCAAUAGCAGUUGAUUUUGGGCAGGAAUCUGCAGGUACUUUCUCUAAUGUGAUAUAGUUGGAAGUUCUUCCAGCUUGCUUGAAAACUCCGUGAUUCAGACGUACCCAAGGGCUUGCCCGAAGGAGCCGCUUCUUGUAGCUGAGCACUCAACAAGGGAAGGCAGUAAAGCACAGAAGACAAUACAGACAACAUUCUGACUUCAAGCAAAUACUCAUCUGCAGCCUCUUAGUUGCAUGCCACCUAAUAGUAAUUUAUAAAAGUGAACCGAAAAAGAGUUGCACUAAUACGAUUGUCACCUUUAUUCUUCUUCAACAUCGCCAAUCCCUAAAACGGACUAUGUAAUGUACUUUAUCUGCUGGGUUACGGGCGGGCAUUUUACCACCAAGGCAUCUCUUCCUUCGCUAAGGCAUUACAUGCCAACGAACUUGGCUGACACUCUUUUCAUGCCCAAGUCUUACUGAGCCCUCAUACCGAAAAAGCAACCUUAUCGAUAAGCCAACAUAUCCGACGCAUAGCAGCUCUGUGCGUAUGCAAGCAUCGACCCCGCAUAGCAUCAUCCGACAAUUUAGGCAACCCGAUGUUCCGACAAGGCUGAACAAGAGUAAUAGCAAGAGCAAACAAGAGAGAAGAGCUGAUUUCAUUCUAACCAGGGAUGGAUUUCUAUUGAAAGCUGGUAUGAACUCAAAAAGAAUUGAAUCCGGAUCCGGAGGUGACUUCGCUACACUUCCUUCUAUAAGGAAAUCCCCAGUCGACUACUGACUUUCUCGUGACCCUAACAGGAUUUUAUUUGAAGCUGCCGAUCGAGGAAAGGCUUAGAAUCAAUGCUUUGACCGGGAAUGCCCCUUUUCUCUCAUAGCCCUGCCCUAGUGGGAAUCUCAGAUGUGAAAAAAGGCUAAAGCCCUUUGCUACUGCUUUCAGGUAUUCACUUAUCAAUGUUGCAGUUGAUGCCGGAAUAAGAGAACUUUCUCUUCCAGGUAUUCACUCAUCCCCUCUCAGUGGCAAGAGUGAGUAGAUAGCAGAAGUGAUUUCAUUACUCAUUCCUGGGAUAUUAGUGAAGCUCCCCCAUUAGGGGUGUUCUCACCUGUGCUAUCAAUAAGAUCUCCGAUCUGUUGUCGGGAAAAGGGACCUAGCUAGAUUCUCAAGCCACCCGCAACGGCCUUAGUCCUCCCAGUUUAUCACUUCCCUCCGGUGCGGUAGAUACUUCAGAGAGAGGGAGGGGAAAGCGGGGAACUCAACCAAGGAAAGGAGAUUACUAAAAAGGCUCUACUACGUAGUUAUAGUUAGGGUUUGGAAAAGUGUGAUCCAGAUCGAUGUAAUUGACUUUCGCAAAGGUUAGCUCACUAGAAUAAGGUGCUGUGGCAUCUCUAUCAGCUGCUUAUUCCUACUAAUUAGAAGUGGGUGUUCUUCGAAGCUUAGACGAGUUGAAUGGAAGACAAACUGUCACACCAUUCUGAGGAAGGUUCGACUGUGAAAAGAGAGAAGCUGAUGUAGAGGUAUUCCAUUCCCCUCAAACUAUUGUUUUCUCAGGAUCAGGGUAGUGAAUUGGCACCGGCUGUUAGAACAGCUGGCGACCAUGCAAGGAAAGUCUAAGUGAAGUAGUCCAUCCAGUCCGGGGGAAAAGUGAAUUCAAUAAAUAAGUAAGAUAAUUAGAUGGCAUAGGAUUUUCAUUAUUGUGAUAGUAUAAGGGUGUAAAGUCUUGUAUAUCUUGAAUAGGCGGCUUAAUCAGAUUUAGACUAAUCAAUUCAUUAAUUAUUUUCAGUGGAGAACCCAUAUUAAUAAAGACCUUGGUAUAUAUAUCAGGUACAAUUCUUACGUAAGGCGGAGUAGUUAUAAAAUGAUCAUGUACGGGUGCACCUUGUCUCAAUAAUGAUUCCACUCCAUACGAUGAGACUUAUUUUGACUGAACUCUGUCUCUGGACUAGCCUCAAAUCUUAUUUCAUCUCCCAAUCACAUACAUAGAUAUAAAGAUAUAAUAAGAGAAAGCAUACAUCUUUAAUAAGUUGGCUACGAUUAGUCACUUCGGAAGCCAUUAACCAAAGCACCGGCUUUUGACUGCCCUUCUAAGGGAAGGUAGCAGGUCUCUUGGUAAACCCCUUGUCUCUUUCUGGUAAUGGUAAUAGUUGAAUCCUUUCUAAUGCCCAAGCUCUUUCUGUUGUAAGUGAAGAGAAGACGCUAUAGGUCUUUGUUGGUGUGUAGAGUAGACGGUGUUUGAAAGAACCCUUUUUUGCCGAGCAAACUAGAAAUUGCAUAAGAAAGGUAGGUCGGAUCAACGCGUAGAGAAAUGCUUGAUCAAUGUUCAAGGAAAGGAAUAAGGAAGGGUAAAAGAUGAAGAAGAGCUAUUCUUUUUAAGAGCUAACCAUGCGUUCACAGUCGACUCAACAAGAGCUAUCGGGUCACUCCCUGCCAUAAGCCAUGCCCUUACAAAACUGCUACCACUCACGGCACACUUCCUAUAUUCCUGGGCUUACCCUUAUAUUAUAGGAAUCCCGGUCUGGGAAGAAGGAAGUAGAAAGAGAGAAGAGCGGAGUCGCUCACUUGAGUAGAAUGAAAACCAAGGCAAUCCCGAUUCAAGUGCCAAUCUAAAUUGGAAGGAAGGAAAGCAGCCUUUCCCUUUAAUAAUAUCUAAGAUAUCACAGCUACUACUACCGAAACAUAUGAUAUAGCACCGUCUUAUUCAUCUGUACCUGAAACAGAUUCGCUCACAGCUUCAAUCUAUUGAUUGCAUCUUCUAUUUACUCUUCAAUGUUCAAAUUGAGGGUCAAAAGAAGGAACUUUCAUUCAUGGCCACAGAUCCGCCGUAGGAGAGGAUAAAAAAAGGUAUUCUAAAAUGAUCGGAUCGAUGCAGUUUGGUUAUAUGAUGAUCGAAGGGAAAGCCUUUCAUGCAAGAGAUCCUAUCCAGCCAGCCCCUGCUUCUUUAAAGCCUGGUUUGAUAGCAAAGAGUCAAUCGUCUGCAUAUCGAGCGUAGCAGAUGUUUUUACUCAAGUAACUCAACAUUUUCAGAUCAAAGUAAGAAUAGAAAAUUGCAUACGAGAAGAAGGGUUCGUAGACAGCCCGAAAGAAGGUCCUCUCUUCGUAUUCUAUAGAAAGACGAAAUAGCGUAAAGAAAGAGCAAGUCAAGUCAAAUAGCCCGGUUCACCAGGUUCUACCACUGCAGGGCUCAAUCAUGCUAGUUAGGCUAGAUGCUUAAUACAUGCAAGUUUUCUUGGAAAAACCAAGGCGAUUUCAUUGAAUUAGCAAGUCUCCAGACUGAUUGACUGGAGCAGGAGAAGUCACAUCACUGAAUCAAUCAUGUCUCAACUGGUCACUUAUUUCACACCUUUUUUCUGGUUCUGUCUUUUCCUCUUUACUUUCUAUAAGUUCUCUCUCCUUUUUGAUUUGGAAGUGAAAGUCUUUUGCUACUAUCUAACAAGGCCCAAGUUACAGCGGGCUCUUUCUAUUAUGAAAUGGGUCAUAUUUCUUUAUUUCUUGGUCAGUUUUGGAGAGAAACUCUAUUAUAACUUAUAUAACUUAUUUGAUGGACAUUCCAUAUUUGGUAUUCUCCCAUCGGAGCUACGGCUCCUGGAGAACUAUCUUAAUCAAGCGGAUAAAGACCCAGAAUGGGUUCAAUUCGUACGACAGCGCCUACAAACCCAGGGACUCUCACCCAGGGAGUACGAGGUCAUGGUGCGAAAUUUCCUGGAAACAGAAUUCUGCUUUGCAACUCGGGACCAGAUUUCCUCUCUCUAUCAACUCAUUUUUUAUAGUAGGGAGGAUCCAAAAUUAUUCAUUGAUCCUAUCGACCUGGAUUCCAUACUGAGGGUACACCUUGAACCCUUAGAAUUUGAUCACCCCGCUCUAUGCCAGGUCUUGCAAAGUUUAUGUCAUGAGGGACAAGAAUCCCCAUUCUAUUGCGAAGUAAAAACAACACAGGCAGCACAUUUCCAGGGCUUUUUAAAACAAAAGCACCAAGCCCGAUUGCGCCGAGAGUUCUCCAAAUCUAUUGAGAGUCUUGAGAGAAGGAACGCUUUUCUAAGCGAGGAAAACGCCUCUCUAAGAGAAAAACUUUUGAUUCUCGACCCAUAAAAUUCUUUUUUGUUUAUUGUUGAAAGUUCUGAUUCAUGUAGUGAUGAAAUUGUGAUACAAAAAAAAUCCCAUUUCUUUUUUGGUUGGACUAACCGGCGAUUUACAACAAGCCUUUCUUCCUUUUUUUUGCAAGAAGCGGAACUACAAGAAAACUUUCUUUAUCUUUAUGGAUAACCAAUUCAUUUUAAAAUAUAGUUGGGAGACUUUACCCAAGAAAUGGGUAAAAAAAAUGGAAAGAUCGGAACAUGGGAAUAUAUCUUAUACCAAGACGGACUACCUAUUUCAAUUGUUGUGCUUUCUUCAAUUUCAUACCUAUACAAGGGUUCAAGUUUCGAUCGAUAUUUGCGGAGUUGAUUAUCCCUCUCGAAAACAAAGAUUUGAAGUGGUCUAUAAUUUACUGAGUAUUCGGUAUAACUCACGCAUUCGUGUACAAACCAGUGCAGACGAAGUAACACGAAUAUCUCCGGUAGUCAGUCUAUUUCCAUCAGCCGGCCGGUGGGAGCGAGAAGUUUGGGAUAUGUUUGGUGUUUCUUCCAUCAAUCAUCCGGAUCUACGCCGUAUAUCAACAGAUUAUGGUUUCGAGGGUCAUCCAUUACGAAAAGACCUUCCCCUGAGUGGAUAUGUGGAAGUACGCUAUGAUGAUCCAGAGAAACGUGUGGUUUCUGAACCCAUUGAGAUGACCCAAGAAUUUCGCUAUUUCGAUUUUGCUAGUCCUUGGGAACAGCGUAGCGACGGAUAAUUAAGAUAGGUUCCAGUCCAGGGGACAAAUCAAUAGGAAAUGCUAUUUGCUUCGUAAGAAUAAGAAAGAACUUCUAUGAAAUGAAAGAGUUUCACGGCGGAUAUCAUUGAGAAAUAAAUAGGAAUAAGUGUUAUCGAACGAUUUCCUGCCCAGUAUGGAAUGAGUAAAGAAUCAAGCUACAAGUAUCGAAUCUAUACGUGGUUUUGGUGACAAAUUAGAAUUUCAUUUGAGGCUGUACACCGUGCUCCUUGUCAUGCCAUUUGGGCUUACAAAUGACCUUAUGUAAUUUGAUGAGUGAUGUCUUUUCUAACUUAGAACUCUAUUUAUUUAUUUCUUGUUGUCUAUCUUGAUGACAUUGUUGUCUAUAGUGAGUCCCUAGAGGAUCACUUAGAUUCCUCUCUUGGGUGUUCGGUUGCUUGUCUUUCUAUCAAUGCAUCUACAGCCGUUCGGAGCAGAGGUUCACCCCCGCUUAUUAGAGAUGGUAUCUACGAUUCAAAGGCCCAGGGUCUGUCACGCUAAUACUUAUUUACAACCGGUCCUGAAACACCUGUCAAAGUCUGCUGGGAAUGUAUAAGUCUAUUCUUUAUGUAUGAAGUCUCCAACUGGCUUGCUUGGCAUCCUGCCAUCUCUCUCAAUCCUGUGGUACUCAUUCCGGUCUAAAGCUUGUUUCCCUUCUUGGUCUGUCAAUCAAAUUAGAUCCCUGCGAGCGGGGCAGAGAAAGUGUGUUUUUCCCAUGAGCUUUCUCUAAGCUAUUUCACGAUAGGCAGACGCUAGCAGUUCCUUUUGAGAUCAAGCAAGUGGAAAAAAAGUUCCAUCUCGGUAUUGUAUUCCGUUUUUACUAAUAGAAGCAGGGGACGAUCACUCCUAAAAGCAGCCGUUCUAAAUAAAUAGUCAAACACGCAUGGAUGCUAGGAAUGAAGCCUGCCAAUGUCCCUUACAAUAAUAUCAUUAGUAGAAGAGGAUACCCACAUCCACGGCCAUGAGUUCGAUUCCCGUAUGUAGCCGGCGUGGCAGUAUGGCGUGCCAAAGUUCCCGUCAUAUCGACCUUGACCAUCGUUCCCAAGGGAAAUUGAUUGAAUGAUACCCUAAAGAAGAUACGGCUUAAUAGUCAACUAGCUCUACUUAUUUUAUUAAACUAGAUAGACUUACCUGACGAAACUAGCUUCUAUUUCAUAUCCUUCCGGAUCCUCACCUGCUAACCUCGGUAAAGUAAAAAAUAGCUAAAAAAAAGGGGUGAGUACGAUAUCUUUAUAACAAAGGGACUCCCGGUUAAAUUAAAUGAUUGUAAUGUCACUUAGUAGCUCCCACAGAUAGAAUAACCCCAUCAUUGGGAUGCCAAACGAUGGGUUAAGCUCCUACCCAUCACGUUGAUUGGCUUAACGUGCCAAAGCGCGCGCUAUAUAAGUAUUUUGCAUUGGAUUGAGGCCCAAAUUCUUUAUGUUUAUGGCAAUAGCCGACGAUUGAGCAAGAGCGGAUUAUUCGACAGCAGGAGCAGAAGAUCCAUCAACAGCGAGAUAUGAAAUAGCCAUUGGCGGCCCCUGAAGCUAAUAAAUAAGUCUAACUACUACCCCCCUUUCUUUACGCCAGAGGUGGCUUCUUCCCAAUUCACCUAGUUGCCACUUGUCCUUGUGGCGCGGAAGGCUUUUGCCGUGCUUUACUCUCAAGCAGAGAGCCCAUUAAGGCGGAGAAAGAUAGACCAAAGUCAACUUUGAUCUAAGAAGGGCUCAGCAAGAGCAUCUGUUGAGGCGUCAGCGAGCGAUUCAGCAAUGGCAGACUCCUCCGACUGCAAACUAUUCGAUGGCGGAUGCUUAGGCAAAAGCAGGAGAUUAUACUACAUCAACUAUCAUGGCAUCCGAGGAAGCGAUAGCAGACUAACAAGCUGAAAAGUGAUCCCGCUGUACCCGAUCUCCCAGCACUGACAUUGAGAGAAGAGUGGAACGGUUUUCCUAGUCAAAUACCCGCAGCUCGGUAACAACCAUAAUCGAAAGGUCCAAAUCUCCCCUGUUGCCCAUUAUAAAGAUUCAUCUUUGAUAGGUAGGCCCUAAAGACAAUCGAUAUAGUAGAAUUGUAAAUCAGCAUCCAUCAUUCCUACCUGCAAGAUGGGAGGGGAAGGGAGUAGUUGAUUCGUUCCAAUUCAUUGGUUUCAAUCCGGUAUAAAUAUCAUAAUAUGACGGGAUCGCUGUCUUGACAAACAUGAAUAGAAAUAGUUCUUUUGGGUAUAAUUGUUUUUUUUCCUCGACGAAAAGUUUGAUAUUUAUAAUGGAUUGGGCUUACUGCAAGAAUAUGAAUGACUCGCUUCUUCAGUACUGCUAACUAUUAUAGGAGGAUGCCGCCCCCUCGGGACUAUGUGAUUUAUAAAUUGCUUCGGUUGUUUCAUCUCGUGCAAGUUAGGUUUUGGUUGUAUUGGCUGCAAGCGGAACGUAGGCGCUUUAGGUGUGUGUUGACCAUGCACUCUCGCUUCGUGUAAUGUCGUAUGUAUGAUAGAGGUGGUGAUUGACCUCAAUGCUAAUGGUUAUCCCCAAGGUUCAACGAAUGAAUGAGAUCGUACCCGGAUAGAGAUGAUGGUCUUCCUCUGAUGUCUCCAAGCCGGCCAUAAUAGAAUAGAUAGGCGAAGCAGUCAAUAGCAGUCUGUUCUCGCCUAUCGAUAGAUAGCAGGUUGCUUCCAAGCUAAAACCAUUUGAAACAACAAGCAACGUUUUAGAAUCUAUUUUUGAAGUGAAUAGGAGCUUACAUUUCAAUCGGAAAUCAACGUCGGGUCCCGGCUAUCCGAAAAACGCAGACUGAAGCGAAAGAUCUAUUUUCGAGCCUGCAAGCAACAACGGCUUUUCAGCCGUUGCGCGCUAGCUUGGGUGCCCCUUUCUCAAACUUUUCUAUACUCUUAUAUAAAGGUAAGCCCUAGUUUUUUACGUUUUAUUCGCUUGCUCUGCAGUACGAGCCUCAUACAGAGCCGCGCUCCUUGAAUAUGAUGAGAAGAGGCCAGACCCAACCCCGCCCUAUUUUCCGUACCAAUCCUUAUUUACUACUACAUCUUUUUUUGGGUGUAUAGCUCAGUUGGUAGAGCAUUGGGCUUUUAACCUAAUGGUCGCAGGUUCAAGUCCUGCUAUACCCAAACCUACCUUACACUCUACUAUGAAUAAGGAUGCAUAGUAGCCUUCAAACAUGACUCUUUGGCCUUUAGACUCGCUUCGGCGACUUCGCCCUUUCAGUGACAAGGGGGGGCCCACGGAGCGGUAAGGAGUAGUCUAAGAGUGGCUCGGUCAUCGAUAAGCCUCUCCUUAUUCAUUCUAUAGAGCGGGGCUGCGGACCAACAAUCCAGCAAAAGGGCUUAAACGCUCCUCUCCUUUUAUGAAAAAGGGGGAAGGUUUCAUAAAACCCAACCUAUACAAAGAGCUCUUUUCAGCCCCUACUCCUAACAAGUGAAAGUGGCUGGCACCCACCAUAUCUUGCUUCGUUUUAUCUUGUAUCGAAUUUGAUAUAUUAUUUAUUUGUUUAUUCCACCACAAAUAGAUUUGCCGCAUGGAUUGGAUAGAGACUGGGAAUUGGAUGCUUCCUCAAGAGCAGCUUAUUCGAGAACAGCCAAUGAGUGCACAAGAGCUGAUAGGCCAAGAGUUGAUUCCAUUUCAGCGCUUACUAUAAUAAGAAGACCUGUUGAUGCGGCGGCUAGGAUCCGAUCUCGCUUUCCGCUUGAUAGGCCUCAUUCAAGUAAUCAGAUUGCCCAGCAUUAGAAGCAGUUUCCAUCUUCAGGAUGGAUGGUUACACUCUCCUUCCCCACUCUUUGAGUCGAUGACUGCUAACGGAAUUCCUCACUUUGGACCUAGAGUCUUUUGUCACUUCCCUUGCGAAAAAAGGCACUUCUUUCAAGGGUUUCUCACGGGGAGACUGCCUUAUGAGAGACUCCUUCUCAUGCUGCUUGAUAAUGGUACAGCCCUUAGAGCCUUUUGCACUUGACGAACCCUUUCCCCCCUUUCGAAAGAGAAAGUACAAGGAAGGACGCACAGUCUAUGAUGGACCUAUGCGCCUACUCCGCAAAUGGGAAGAUAGAGAACUCUCCCUACGUAGGGUGGGGAAGAUAACUCGGAAUAGGCUAGAAUCUGGACACCUGAAAGCGGGGUUCACUGAUCCGAACUCCCUUCAUGGCUUUGCUUCCUUCUUGCCUGUCUUGAAUCCGUCCUUGCUUUCUUGACCUCAUCUCGAUUUAUCCUAGUAUAGGAGAUUGACGCUUUCUUCUAUUAUGAGAUUGGCUUUGUCCUUCUCUCUUAUAUUAGAUUCUCGCAAUAGAAAUGAUUCUUAUAGCUGAUAGAAAGAUCCCUUCCCCGCUUUACGCUCCUAGAUUCCCUCGCUUCCGAACUAGCCGACGAGGGCUAGGUGAAAGGGCGUGGGAGAGCCCCUUAUUAUUUUGGCUUUAUUGCUUUCACCAGGGAAAGCUUUUCUUGCUAAUCUGGUGAUAUCGUAGUAAAGGUAAAGUAGCCAAGCCAAGAGGAAUCGAUUUAGCAGUCCAUACCAGGCUCCAGGUAUAUUUAGGAGUGACCGGAGGAGCAAAGAGAACAACAGCAAUCAGAGCUUCUCCCUCGGGGGACGACACUCCCUCGCCCCACUAUGCUCACCCCCCUACGCUUUUUUCGGCUACGUGCGGGGUUCUAUUAUUAGUUUUUCUUAUAAGAGAGAAAUAUGCAAUGGAGCACCUUCCCAGCGGGUAAAACACCAGGAAAUUUGCCGUAGUAGGCCGAGCUUUACUAUAUCGCCAGACUCGAUCACAAGCAGGGGAGGUUCUAUUGAUCUAUCUACGUAAAGGGAGCCGCACCUUUUAGCAGUCGAUCUUGAACACUUUUAUCCCUCUCUGAUGGCUUGAGAAAGAGAGUCUCAACGGCUCGGCUGGUUGUUGUUAACAAAGCAGCGGCGCGUGAAGAGAGCCGAUAUUCUAAAAGUUCCAAAGUUCUGUCCUCCUAGUAGUGGUCCUCAUUGCAGAUAGUUAGAACGACGGGUGAAAGCGUAAUUCAAUUGUUAGGCAUAAAAAGCUAUAUGAAUAUAUUGUAUCUAUUUUUUAAAUCGGAAUUGAUAGAGCGGAAUCCCCUCAGGUUGAAAGAGCUAUGCUAGCAUUGGUCACAUAGGCUUGAACCACUUAGGCUCGACUCUUUUCUUUGCAAGAAUGCCUUGUGAAAGAAUAGGGAUAGGCAAAUUAGACUGAUUGAGUUAAGUAUGCCAUGCAAGUCGGCUGUUCUCGAAUCAUCUGUGGCACUUGCUCUUAGCCUUGAUCUUUUUCUUUUUUUUGGGCAUCUCGUAAAGGCUAAGACCACUUAUUUCGCAUCAACAGAAAAAAGACUGGCAUCUGUAAGAGCAAAAGACCAAGAUGUGCUAUCUAGAGCAAUCCUUCCCGCAUCUAGAAAUGACUUCAAACCUGAAAACAAUUCUAUCACACACGGCGAAUCGAGUAUUUCAUUCUAGCUCUUUUGGGGACAGCACAAGUUGCGGACCUAUCGAGAUGCUUCCUUGCAGAACCCAACAAGGGCUGUUACUCAAUAGAGUGAGUGGGAAACCUUGUAAACGCGAGCAGGAGAAUAGAGAUCGGUUCUGACGUCGAACAGGUUAUCGACCCGAAAAGCUCCACAGAGCUGUCGUAUGCGGGUACUACGAGGCCCACGACUUUCUUGAUCGCCUCAUUCUUGAACUGGGUGAAGAUGUGGCUAAAGUAUAUCCGAGGGUACCAUGAUAGUCUGGGGUAGCGUAUAUUACGCUCGAGGUCUCUCGAGCCUCCUGUUGUACCAACUAGAGAAUGACCCGUAGUUUUCUAUUCCUCACCAUCAGUGGAAUUAGGAAUAAGGUAAUGAAAUUCCGGUAUGGACUUUUUUUGGACAGGCGGAGAGCAGUGCCCUAUUGGUCUAAUUCCUGCUUCCCCUUGGUAUCCCAUUUCAUAUAUCGGAAGAGAGCUUCAAUAAAGCAUCCAUAUCAAUCAAAUUCCUUCCUUGCCUUUGGAUUUUUUGAUUAGUGGGAAGGCGCAGUGAUUUAAUAGUGACCCUACCAUAAUAUCUAUGGAAUGACUCGAUCCAUGAAGCCUUUCUUUCCCAGUCUCGGGAUCUUUCUCUCUAGGUACGGUUCGCCACAUUGAAGUGAGUGCUCUACCCCUUGGUAUGGUACCGGAAGCACUUGGUAUUGGUAGUAGUCUAAAUGUAUUUCCCUACCGCUAGGAGUUAAGCUCAAGGAGAUGAGGGAUCUAUUCCAUCUAUUCAAUUUCCCAAAGCUCAAUCCCUACUUACUGAAGACUUCCCUUUCCCAUGCUUACUGAAUCAAGCAAUUCAACUUGAACUCUGGAGGAAAGUGCUCACUCUUAGUAAGUCCAGAAAAGUAUAAAAAAGACAGACUUGAUUCAAUGACUUGACUUACUUACUUUUAGAGUAAGAUCCAAAAGCUGCUGAACGACAAACCGGGGAGUGAGAGACCUUAUUUUCAGCUUUCCCCUUCUUCUAUUCUAUUCUAAUGUCUUCAUAUGAGUCUAUUAUUACUCUAGGCUAUCCUAGCCCGGGAAUGGAGCGAAAGAAAGAGCAAUUUCAGAAUCAGAGGCUGGCUGGAGAAGAGACUCUUUAUGUUAUGUCAGCUAAAGGAAUUGCAUUUAGAGUAUACUUAGAGUAGUGGUUGACCGACCUGUACUGUAGGGCUUUAGCCCCGUCCUCCUCUCCUUAUAUGACAUUCGUUCGGUCUAACGUGGUUCCCCUAAUGGAGAAGCAGAGGAAUAGUAAUAGGUUUCGGACGACUGACUAGUGAUGAUUGUUCAGAGACGGCUAGUUCUUCUUAUUCAACAAGGUACGAAUAUUUAGAAUAUUGAUUUUCGGGGCACACAACAGAGAUUUUAGGGUCUUCUCCGUGGCAUCUAUCUUCCGGGGACAGGUACCCGUCUACUGGAAAGGACAGUUUCCCAUACAACAUUGGGUGAAUAGUUGAAUCCACUGAUUAGUAUUCCACUUUCUUAGUUAGAGUCCCCCUUUUAGGGAGUUGACCACAAGUCUUUGGUCUCAUAGUUAGGAGACUACCUAGCUGAGGUAGUAAGUGGUUGGGCUAUGGUACGGCGACUGCUUGUUAAGAGAGACUCCACGGCUGAAACAGCCGGGUCGAAUCAAUCAAACGAGCCACAGACUCUUCUAAGCCGAGACCCCUUAUAAAAAAGGUAUGAACACGAGAGCCCUUCUUGGGAAAGCAAUGGAAAGAAAUACCCCUGGACAAAAACCAAUGCUUUCUGGGUCAUAUUUCUUGUUUGGAUGUUCCUUCGCCUUAAUCCAUAGCAUGUUCCUGAUCGCGAGUCAAUACUUUUGAAGAAUUGAGAAGAGAAAAAAGCUGCUCUAACCGAAGCCAUUGCCCUAUUUGCCUUUCUGAUCUUAUUCGUCUUCUAUAAACAUCACUCUAUUCUCUCUUAUGGAAACAUCUAUUGGUAUUGGAACCCCUGUUCGACAAAUGAACACUUCUUAUUGAAAGUAGAGAUGCGGAAAGAGCGACUUAAUGAAUAGUAUGAUCAGUUAGCAAGUCCUAUUCAAUCACCCGGCCUCCCCUGUCACGUAUUUGGAUCCCCUUCGGUGCAUUGUGCUUCACUUCUUUCAUUUAGCUACUCUUCAUUUUUUUACCCUAUGAGGUCGGACAACCGCUACAUUUCUUGAAUGGUCGCUGCCUACAUUACUAUUUAUCCCUCUUUUCAAGGAAGUGAGUCUCAGACCCUAUGUAGUUCUUGGUCAUUUUUAGACAGGUGCUUUUGUGGUUCUUCACUCCAGCCCUUAAGUAUUCUGUUCAAAAACCUCAUCCUCAUUAAAAAAACAAAUCAAAUCAGACUUGGAACCCCCAAUCAUGGCUACUAAUAAAAUCAGACUAGAAACCAAAAACCAGACGAAAUAGUAGGUAUAAAGUAAAUUGCCCAAUGUAAAAUGAAAGGUCUAGGUCUUUAUUAUAAAGAGCUUCCAUAAGCCGCUUAUAAGGCAGACUACGGUGCGUUCCAUGGUUCUCCAUGACAUAUAGGUGCUUCCGGUAAGUAAGUAACGAUAAGGCUUUUCCGUUAGGGUAGAAGAGGAGGCCCCUUAUUUGAUGUCUUUUAGAUAGGAUUGAGUCUUCGGAGAAUCUCGAAGGGCUUUCUAUAUUUUGAAUUCAGUCUGGCCAGAAUGUUCUCAUUCACUUCGUCGGACAAGGGACUCCCGAUAGUAUUAAUGGAUAGACGAGCAUGAAGCUCCUGGCCGUCCUCCUGUAACGGGUGAUAGGGUUAAGCCUCGGGAAAAAAAGGAGCAGCAGAGGAAAAAUCAAAGACUUGAAUGAGUUCUGGUCGAUGAAACUGGAUUAGGAAUGACCAGUGCCAAAUAAGUAAGUCCAACCGAAGCUUAUUCCUGCAGUGCCCUCACGCGAAUCCGACCCAAAGGACAUCAUAGUGAUCUUAGGACUGAAACUAUAUGCUUCGGAAAGAAUGGCUCUGAGAGCCAAUCCAAUGGCCAAGGCUAGCCCAUCUUGAUCAAGAAAGACGAGAUGGUGCGGCUUCCCGCGGCUAUGAAUGCCUUAGACAGGAAAAACUUAAAUCAAUCCAUUGUCAGACAAAGAAGAUAGAAAAGACUGGACACUGUUGCUACAAAGAGGAAAGGCAUCGAUUUCUUAAAAAAGAAGAGUACCCAAGACUUUCUUCCUAAAUAUUCGUAGUACCCGGUAAUACUUGAUCAUCCGAGAGUGUUCAAAAACUCUCUGCCAUUUGAAUUUGAGAGGCACUAAUCGUAGUAGAGCUGAGAAUAGGGUGGAACGAUUUAUCAUAGUAAUAAUUUUGUAUACCGGCUGUACCGAUUAUAUGUCGGAUAGGCGCCCGCCCCCAAGCCAGUGUCCAUCUUCAUGAAAUGACAUUGGUAGACGGGUUGGGACCAGCCUGAUUUCUAUCCCGGUGAGCAAUGUUCCUUAGGCGGGGGCAGGAUUCGAACCUGCAAUCUUCAGGUCAUGAGCCUGAUGAGUUGACCAAUUCCUCUACCCCGCUUCUUCCCCAACUCCUCCUUCAUCGUCGUUGGUCCUUCGUUCACUCACUUUCACUAAUGAUACUGACCUUAGGCCCAACCAUGUUUUCAAUCCCCAUUUUAAGGCGGUAGAGGAUUACCUCAGGUUUUAUGGACAGAGGAGCAACCCAUAGAUAGGUUUAUCCAAUAGCUUUAGAGGCCUCUUAUAAUAUCUUAUCUUAUAAUAAUAAUAAUAGUAGAGAAUUUGGGCCAUGCUAUCUAUUCUUCCUUCUUUUUUAGUAAGAAAAUGAACCCCUGAACAACAAAAAUCAAACAGAAAACCCCUAACUACAUACCUACAAAAGGGCCAUACGUAUUCAGAAUGUAAAUAAAGUCACUACUGUCUGUGCUGAGAUAUAAAUCUAUUUUGUUUAGUCCGAGAAUUUGUUCUUGCAAAGACUCGUCUAUAAUAAAGACAUUUUCUACUAUGUGUUUGAAAUAUAGUUAUUUAGGUAAUUGUAUAUUUACAUUUGUAUCACUAUAAUCUUUCCAAAGCACCUCUAGUUUUGAUUGGGUUUUUUGUUUUCCGUGCAAAUGUUUUCAAAUAGUAUUUCGUUCCCCGCACCAAAAAUAGCUAUCGAAAGAAUGCCAAGUGUAGUGAUGUUAUCCGCUAUCCAUAAAGUAAAGAAAGCUUUCUUGUAGUUCUCUCUCAAAAUGCAAGAAAUACUUUUUGUAAAUCGCCGGUUGUUUUUUCCACCAAGAAAGGCAUGGGAGUCUUUGGACAUUGCUUGAGAUAAGUCAAGACUGACUAUCUCUAUAUACGCAAUAUUUUGAAAGGCGAAGAGUUAGUACUUUUUCCUUCUCGUAGUUCUACUUGUUAAUUAAAAAGAGCGUAUAAAAAAGGCAAUCCCUCAUUCCGACGUAAGUAAUCUAAAAUCGUAUUUUGCUGGUGAACUCAAGUGUAAGAUCGAGCGGAGAAAGCGGAAUCAAAGAAUAAAGCUAAUUCCGGGAUCUGGAUCCGGUUCGAAUCUGUACUGGAUUGACUGUCCAAGCUAGAUCUAUCUUAUAUAAGAUAGAAAGAAUAGAUAUGGUUUGAAAGGUUUACAAUUCUUGUUGGGGACUGAAAUGGUACAGAAUUACCUUUAGGCAAUUUCAAAGAAUUCCAAUCGUAUGAACUUAUAGCUUUGAAAGACCCGGAACCUUGUCCGGAGCUGGCAUGACUGUACGAGUGUGAUUCCUUUCCUAGCUAAUUUUGAAUCAAGCAUCUAAUCUGGGGCAAAAACUGUUGAUCUAGUACCAAAGAGAACUGUUUCAUUAAACUACGGGCAUUAUAAGCUGCUUCUUUGUUUCUCUUUCUUUCAUUCCGGGAAGAUAGAAUAGCAUGGCAUUCUUGACUUCUUUAGAGUGGAACUCACCAUUACUAGAUCUUAAGAUAAACGAUAGCUUAUAAAGCUUAUAAGUCAGUUAUAAGUAAGCAAUCUUCCAGUAAACUGGAUCUGUACGAUCCAAUAAACUAGCUCGCUGGCUGAAAGGGAGAAAGACGACUCUGAAUUCCGACAGCAUGUUUUUAUUAGUCAUUUUGUGAUGAAUUAAGUCAUUCGUAUUGAGCCAACAGGAAAAGGGUUUUAAUACUCAUUUAUUUACAACAUGAAUUCAGAAGAGAGGUUGAGUGUUCAGUUCAGUGCAUUACACUAAUUUAUCCUAGGUCAGGCUUUGUUUUGAGAGAAGGAAGCUUUCUUAAUGCCCUUAUGGUUGAAUUCAGUGGGUGCUUUCUAACAGAGUUUUUAAAUUCCUAUUUGAAUGCUCAUAUUUGAUUUCUUUCAAAAGAUGAGUCCAAAAGGGAUCCCACGUGUGUUUUCUGACCGGUCGUUCGCUUCGGCCGUAGUGAAUUCAGCCUUAGCAACUAAGAUAUUCCUGGUUCCUUUCGUCAAACGAAAGAACUCACCGGUGUGUUUUGUGACAGGUAAGCCCUUAGGCUAUUAUGCCUCUUGGCCCUUGUUUGCCUUCUCACACCACUUAGUGGUCUGGUUGGCAGCCGAUAGGGUGUACCCAGGUCGUCGAGUGAUGAUGUUGUUAUCACCGAUCCCCGAGUGGCCGAGCAAUACGCCUUGUUACUUGAUGAUUUGGGUGUGACUCUUAGUAUUAGUAUAUCCAAAUCAAUCAUUUCUCACACUGGCUGUAUUGAGUUUGCCAAGAGGUUCUUGGUUUCAUAUGGGACAGUCGAUCUUUCUCCCAUAUAAAUCAAGUGUCUCCUCAAUUACUACCCUCCUAAUGGCUUGUUUGCCAUUCACCAUAAAUAGGGUGUCAAGAUAAAAAAUAUCUGUAGGCUUGGUGGUCAUUGCGGAUACAGGACUCUUGCUAAGUUGUCACAUCAUUCGUCUCCAACAGUUAGGAGACGGAAAGCGAUGUGGACUAGGCUUUCUCUUCCACUUGAGUGGUGGUUGGGAAGGGGCAAGCCACUGAAUCCUUACCUCAAGGGAUACCUUGUUGAGUAUCUCCGCAAGGAGUGCCGACCUGGUGAACUUAGGUUAGCUCCAGAAGAGUUAUUCGAGCUACCCGGCAUGAGGGACUGAUUAGAGUGGUCCCUCGUGCGAGGUUGGAUGAGGAAGACUUCGCUUGAACGAUUUCCCAUAUAAGGAAAAGAGGUCACUUAUUAGUAUUAGCAGAAAGAGAUCUCUUUCUUGGCACGAGUCAAAAGCUGCUACAUUCGCUGCUGGAGAAGAGGAAUCCUGUAGAUCGGCGGAAUCUCUGUUCUCACCCCCUCUCCGCUAAAGAAAGGAACUAGUUAGGAUAUACCAAGGUAUUGGUCCUCAACCCAGCGGAAUUCCAAGGCAGUAAAGCGUGAAGCUUGGCUCGACUAAAAGAAGAAGCGUAAGAACGACCGAAGUACAUUAAGCAAAGCAUUCCACUCACUUGGAAGACUCACUAGUGCUUGCACGUUACUCGUUAACUUCAAAGAGAGAACCAACGCAACUCAAGAGAGUGAAGGUGCAAGUGGGAUGGUACCUCGACCAGAGCGCUUUGGACUAGUCCGUACCUUAACGCAAAUGAGGCUCAAGCGUACACCUUUCCCGAUGGAGGAUCCGCGCAUAAAUCAUAAAGUCAAAUGGUCAAAGCGUCCCCCGGAAACCUAGAUCCAAAGAGUUUCCCGAUCUUAUUAUAAAGGGAAAUAGGAAUGACUUUCCCCAAGAACUGGUUGCUAGAUCAACUAGUAUUCCAAAACUGGUUGAUAGCUUAACUCAAAAAUAGCAUCUUUCGGACCCCGAAACAAAGAGAGAAGUUUUCCCCCAAUCCGGACUAUGAGAAGGAUUUCCCCGCCUAACCUUAACACAUUCUAAUGCUAAUGGAGCUUAACACAUUAAGCGGAGGAAGGUUUAGUAAGAAAGAAUGAACUCACUAGGGGGAAUGAAUUACUCCUUUGAAAAUAAGCCAAUCCCAACCUUUUCAGUGCGCAAGGGAAUUUCGAGUUUCAGUUUGAAGCCCAAAAGUCAGCUUCUUUGUAAGCUCCUUUGCCCCUGGUCUAAGCCUUAAGCUAGUGCUUCUGUCUUCUCUGCGAUUGAAGUUGCAGUGGUAAGCUAAUCCCUUUCAGUAUAAAUCCCCAAUAUGUAUAAAUAUAUAUCUUUCUUUCUUCGAAGUCAGUGUUCUUACGGCAAAGCUGGAUGCCCGAUCUUUAUUUCCCGAGCUCUUGGUCCUCGGUCCUACUUCUAGGUUAUGCAAGCUUGACUCUUAAGAAACUGACUUGGGUAUAGUAUAGAAUCUCAUUCCCACUAGAUCCACGGAAGAGAUAUAUAAUAUCUCUUAGAAUUUUAACCUUCCCCCUUUUCAUAAUAAGAAGGUAAGCAUCAAAGCCCGCAAGCCUUUUUUAAUGCAACCAUCAAGAAAGAAGCAAGCAUUGAACAAGAAAGCAUCAACUAUUUAAAUGGAUUCAUUUUUAUUAAAAAGCAUUUCCCUUUCGACAUAAAGCAUUUUCACUCGAGCUGAAAGAAUUGAAUCACCCUCGGGUCUGGGAAUAGAUUCAGAACUAGAAGCUCACACCGGGAAAUCUCUUUCUUAAUAGAACCAGGUUCAAGGCGAUGAAUAUGAAUAGUCAGCACUGUCGUUAUUAAGCCUGGUAUGCCUCCGCCCUGUCAAUUCCAUAACUUCAAUCCAGGAUCAUGCCUUGGGCUUAGUUCACAUGUUCCUGCUUAGUUCGCAUUCGGGCUAUGAGACGCCUUAUAGAAUGAAAUGAAAUAAUAAGAUAUCGAUUCGUCUUUCUUGUUUUUCUUAUCCAAAGCGAAUAGAUACUCGAUUCUUGCACAAUUUCACUCUCCUCUCCCUACGGUCGAGUGUAUUUCUUUUCCUCACAGACUAGGGGGAUAAAAAAAAAUAGCUCGUGCUAACUCUUAAGUAGAUAGAUAGAUACCGGCGUCAAGCAUUCGUUGAAUCUCCUUUUCCCCUUCUUUACAUAUUUCCGUUGCGGGUCGAGGACUCCUUCUCCUUCUUCAAACUCCGAUUUGUAUUGUUCGUAGAGAAAUCUCUUUCUCUAUUAAGGAAUCCUACGAAAGUAGGGUACCAAACCACCGGACACUAUGGCUUCAGACUUUGGCCCGCGGCCUUGCUUCAGUUGUUGCAACUCUUCCUCCACCACGCGUGAAGAUAACGGAAAAACAACAUUCUACUUGCAUGUGUUAAGCAUAGUCAAAAAACACGCAUGAUUGGCCCUACAGUGGUGAACCGGGCGUACGACUUUACAACCUUCUGUGGACCUUGCUUUUCUUACUUGAAUGAAGACAGCCAACCUUCUUUCUUCUCUUACGAGAUUUCUAGUUGAAUGAGAAAGAUGUUAAGAAUAUACAAGAGAAAGUCGUUUCCGGUACGAGACUAAUUGCAGGACUAUAGCUCGCAUUCUUUCAGAUUAUGGAGUGAUAUCGGUACAGCAGGUGAACUUGAAGUGCCUAAGGCGUGGACGUGAUCUUACUUUAUAGGAGACAGUAGCUUAAGUCUGAAUUCCUCGAUCAGUGGGAAUCUUCUUUGUCUUAAGUGAACUCUUAUUCAUUUCAUUCACAUUAAGGUCACUUAGGUCCUGCUAUACUUUUUUAGGUGACGAUUGGGUAGACUAGUUCUACGGAGAAGGCUAGAAGGGAUAUGUGAGACGCCGCGGGUGGCGACCACGGUUUCAUCGUAUUUUCAUCGUAUAAAGAAGAGGACUUCGUUCAACCUCGCGGAGCGGACCAAUUCGUAUCGAGUCAUGCUACAACGGGACUAAUACCCGAGCCCCUAUUCGAAGGUCCCCCUGAAACCCCCGAACUGAAGGACCAUCCCUAAUGGCGUGCUAAGAGGCAUGCUUUCCCCAAGCCUGAUCCCAUUUCCCAUUCUCAUCAUAUGUCUUUCUUCUCUUGGUACUAGGCAAGAUUGACCAUCAUUUCCAAAGGGGAAAAGAGAAAGAGAAAAUGAAAGGGAAAGCAGCUACACCCUACUUUCGGGAAAAAGACGAGUUCCAAGGCUUUUUCUAAGCUAGAAAGGUAGCUCACAAGAAAGCAGUGGGCUAGCUAACACUGGAAAAGCGGAAAACCCGCCAAAAGCUCUGCGUAAAGGGGAGAAGCCCUACCUAAAGCUAAAGAAGGAGAUUCUAUCUCAUAGCUCCCUGCUACUGCUACUGGAUGAAUACCAUAUUCUUUGUAUUUGAUUCAAUCAUUCCCUCAAUAAAAAAAAGGCAUUGUUCGUGAAUUCUUGCUUCUGAGCAUCAAGAAGAGCUCAGUCAAGUUGUGUACCACUGACAUUUCAAAAAGAAUUUAUAUUUCCCUCAAAAAGAUUGUUUGGAUUGUUUUUCAACGGAUCCUUCUCUGGAUCGUAGUUUUUUGUCUUUGGCUCUAUUUCCAAACCCUUUCAAUUUCUUAUUUGACUAUGUUCAAUAUUUGACAAGAUCGUCCAUUUCACUCCAGAAAUUCUGGCAUACUGGCAUGGAAUUUGAAAGAAUUCAUUUAUUGGCUCCUGGAUUGGCAAGCAUCCGGGCUGCCGGAGAGGAAUAAAGAAUUGAAUAGCAUUUAUGUCCUGAUAGGAUUUAUCAAUGUUCUUCGUUCAUACUUUCAGGGGGACUAAUACGUUCAGUCAGGUCGCAACAAGGUAGCCAUAGGGGAACCUGUGGCUGGAUUGAAUCCUUCGUGUUCGUGAUAAAAAAAGAUGCCCCUGGAGUUCCUUAAACAGUAGAUCGAUUGAUCUAGAAUGGGACUUUCAUAAACUUUGUUCUAAAUUACCCCCUCUCCUUAUCAGUCGAGUAUAGUAUCUUCUAACCUCUCCUUCUCUCCUAUCAGUCGAGUCUAUUCUAACCUCUCCUUAUCAGUCGAGUCUAUUCUCCCCUUUCCUUAUUCUUCGCAGAGGGCUUUGCUUUGAAUCAUAAUUGUUUUAUUCGGUUCGUAUUGUUGAAUCGAAAGCAAGAUUGACUGCGAACUCACUCAAGGGUUAUAGGUUUUAUAAAGGCUAUUCAUUAGCAACAAAAAGAGUAAGACAGGGCGCAGCACUCCUGCAGUUAGAAGAAGAGCGCGACCGGAACCAAGCAUGAAAGAUUGACUGUGAUGCUACGUGAUCACUACGGAGAAGAGAAAAGAUGUCAUAAAGCAUAGGGACAUCGACUUCCCCAAAAAACCAUUGAUUGGGAUCGAUAUAACAGAGUGUGCUCGAUAGUCAUCACUAUUAUGUCCCCGAAUGGAAUGUAUGUCACCUUUUUUCUUUCCCUUUUAGACCAACCUGCCGCGUAUAGUUUAGUCGUCUCUUUAUGCGAGGGUUGAUUCUCCAGUUUCGGAUGCCUCUGGCUGGGAAGAAGCCCUAAUCUUCGAGUCAGGAGAUACCUUGAGAACAGUGAAAGCAGAAUCCUAUUUUAUUUAGUUUAGAAGAAGGCUUUGUCUCGUCCCUUCCCAUUGUAAUUGUAGGAGGGAAAGUAAAAGGAGUGAUUUACAACCCUAGCCCUACCAUGGAAUAAAGAUAUAGCCCUAUAACCUGGUUUUCAGCAGAUCUAGAAUCUCUUUCAACAAACUUGCUUGCUAUCCCAGCGCGUCUAUCCUUAGUUGUCGUGUCUAGCAAGCGAGAAAACGUAACGCGCUAACGAACGCACUUACGUAGUAACCCCUACGCUUGCUGCUGGCGCUACCUUGGAUACGCCAACCCAGCGAGUAAGGGAGUGAGUCUGUCCAAAUAAGCUCUAAGAAGCUCUUAUUCACUCGACAAAAAAGGUUUGGACUGAAACCAUUCUCAGAUGGAAUCGACUUACUUCUAGUUGCAUCGGAUCUAGAGAUCUGUUGCCAGUUCCGAUAGAAGGAAAGGAGUAAGGUUGCCGGCUUGACCCAAUAGUUGUUGAACUCGAGGUUGGUAAUAAACUGAAGCUGCUCAGUCUUCUAGCAUAGCGGAGUGAGAUAUAUCGAAGAAUUAACUUAGCCUUCAACCAACUAUCUUUUUGAAGCAGAUAGUUCACAGUGCUUAUUAUCUAUAUACUGGAAAAGCCAACUCAUGUUUCCACUCUAUUUUCAUUACGAAGAUGUAUCACGUCAGGAUCCGUUGCUCAAACCGAAUCACGCCAACGUUAUGGAAGUUCCUGGAUCGUGUAAAAUAAGAGUAGUACCAAAGGCAGCACCUUCUAUCAAAAAUGGAAAAUUGGCUAUGGAGAUUCCGUGCGGUCAUAAAUUCAUACAGACACAAAGGGCUUCGACAGGAAAGUCGUUUCGAUCCAAUCGGUCAAAUAAAGAAAAAAAAGGAUAUGUAAGUGACCUAGCACGACAAAGCACUCUCCGAGGGCAUGGAAUGUAUUCUUUUUUGGUCAGAAUCUCCACAGUAAUGUCUCUGUUAGAUUCUCCGGUCGAAAUACGGGAAAACUCCAUUCAAUUCUCGAUGGAAACGGAGUUUUGCGAAUUCUCCCCGGAACUGGAAGAUCAUUUCGAGAUCUUCGAACAUAUUCGAGGGUUCAAUGUGACUAUUGUCACUUCGGCCAACACACAAGAUGAGACUUUACCACCGUGGAGCGGCUUUUUGCAAAAAGAUGAGGGGGAAGAUGUCGGAGAAGCAAAAUAUACGAGAUCACAAACGUAGAUUGCUCGCGGCUCAAACGGAUGCGCUGAGGAAUAUUGAGACGAAAGCUUUAUAAAGCCUUUUGUACCCCGGGACAAACAUCGUUAUAAGUUGUCCAAGUUGCCAAGAAAGAGUUUCUUUGUUGUUGCUAAUCUAAAAGGGUAGUACUCUUGGAAAGAUAGAAUAUCACCUAGCAAUAAAGACACCCUUUAGGGGAAAAAAUACACCUCACACCCUAAAUAAUAAGGUAUUCAGUUACGAAUGUAACUCCCGAGGGAUCGACCACUAUUCUAAAUAGAGUAAGGCGGAGAACUGUUGUUCAUUGGAGCGCCGGAGUGUGCGGAGGUUGUUCCCAUCAUUGAAGUCAGGGUGUGGUUCCGAAUGAUAAAGAAAAAAGUGCAACGUUUCGUUGGAAAAACCAACGCAAAUAUCAUACAUAUUGACUUUCUCUCGCCCAAAUGAAAUGGGAUGAAUCAAAUCAAUAAGCUUUUUGAGGCGCAGCGAAGCCAAAUUCAAUAAAGGCAGGGGGGUGGGGGAACAAGAGUUGUCACGAUAUCAAAUGAAAAUUCAUAAGUGACUAUAAGGAGCCAACGACUCUCUCUUCUUAAACAACCUAUAUCCUCCACACUUCAUCAGCAUUUGAUAGAUUAUCCAACCCCGAGCAAUCUUAGUUAUUGGUGGGGGUUCGGUUCGUUAGCUGGUAUUUGUUUAGUCAUUCAGAUAGUGACUGGCGUUUUUUUAGCUAUGCAUUACACACCUCAUGUGGAUCUAGCUUUCAACAGCGUAGAACACAUUAUGAGAGAUGUUGAAGGGGGCUGGUUGCUCCGUUAUAUGCAUGCUAAUGGGGCAAGUAUGUUUUUCAUUGUGGUUCACCUUCAUAUUUUUCGUGGUCUAUAUCAUGCGAGUUAUAGCAGUCCUAGGGAAUUUGUUUGGUGUCUCGGAGUUAUAAUCUUCCUAUUAAUGAUAGUUACAGCUUUUAUAGGAUAUGUACUACCUUGGGGUCAGAUGAGCUUUUGGGGAGCUACAGUAAUUACAAGCUUAGCUAGCGCCAUACCUGUAGUAGGAGAUACCAUAGUUACUUGGCUUUGGGGUGGGUUCUCCGUCGACAAUGCCACCUUAAAUCGUUUUUUUAGUCUUCAUCAUUUACUCCCAUUUAUUUUAGCAGGCGCCAGUCUUCUUCAUCUGGCCGCAUUGCAUCAAUAUGGAUCCAAUAAUCCAUUGGGUGUACAUUCAGAGAUGGAUAAAAUUGCUUCUUACCCUUAUUUUUAUGUAAAGGAUUUAGUAGGUUGGGUAGCUUUUGCUAUAUUUUUUUCCAUUUGGAUUUUUUAUGCUCCUAAUGUUUUGGGGCAUCCCGACAAUUAUAUACCUGCUAAUCCGAUGCCCACCCCGCCUCAUAUUGUGCCGGAAUGGUAUUUCCUACCGAUCUAUGCCAUUCUUCGUAGUAUACCUGACAAAUCGGGAGGUGUAGCCGCAAUAGCACCAGUUUUUAUAUGUCUGUUGGCUUUACCUUUUUUUAAAAGUAUGUAUGUACGUAGUUCAAGUUUUCGCCCGAUUCACCAAGGAAUAUUUUGGUUGCUUUUGGCGGAUUGCUUACUACUAGGUUGGAUCGGAUGUCAACCUGUGGAGGCACCAUUUGUUACUAUUGGACAAAUUUCUCCUUUUGUAUUCUUCUUGUUCUUUGCCAUAACGCCCAUUCUGGGACGAGUUGGAAGAGGAAUUCCUAAUUAUUACACGGAUGAGACUGAUUAGUUCAAAAUUAUGACACCAAUCAUUUACGAGUGAGUAUGAAGGACUUGGUUUCCUCUCUAGUUAGGCAAGCUCAUGAAGAUAGAACCAAAGGAUCUGCCAGUGAGCCUCUCAGUUUAGCCUAACGAACAAAGUGAAUCCUUCCUGUCCAUUGGGAAGAGAGCUCCUGACCAGCAGAAGAGAAGAGGAUGGCCGGAGCCUAGGAUCUUGUGGAACUUUCCUUCCAAGAAGCAAGUGUAAGCGUAUCGACGAAGUAGGUAUUGACUAGCUUCCCCUACUAUCCUGUUUCCGAAGGAAAGCUUGGCCUGGAUAGAGAUGAAGAUGAAUUAGGGUGGUGGUUUCUUUCCUUUCCUAUGGUGAUAUUGAUUCUUCUUAUUCUUCUUCUUGGGUAGUAUAGCUUAGUUUGUUCUUUUAGUCUUUCCAUUCUUUCUUCAUAUCAUCUAGGGUAUUUUCCUGUUUAUCUUUGAUCUCUUGUUCGAGUCGAGCUAUUUCGCUAUCUAUAUGGUGUAUUUUAGGGAGUAGUCUAUUAGCCUCAUCUAUCCUGUGUUGAACGAGAUGUUCCAUGACUUCUCUUUUCAUCUUAUCUUUGUCAGCUAUGUGCUCUUUCAUCUCAUCUAACAUCGGAUUGGAUUUUAUAUAUAUUCCCUUCACCUUAGCCUUCUUAACCUCAUCCUUGGUUUUGUAUAAAGUAGUGGUCUUUUGACCUUCAGUAGUGGACUGACUUACUUCUUAUUCUUUUGUCUUAUUAUCAUUAUCCUUUUCUUCAUUUUUGCUCAAUAGUUCAAAUAGGUAAAUAGUGGUUGCAUCUUUACUCCCUAAGUCUAUUACUUCUCUUGGUCGUGUGUAUAUCCAUACAUUAUUUGAAUCAUAGACAUUCUCUCUUUUCGUACUAUGUGGUAGUCCGAGGUUUAUUAGCAAUUCCUUUUUGACAAUCUUGAGUUCUUUCCAAUCUAUUCUGAAGUUAGCUGAAGUUGAGAUCUGAUCCAUUAAAGAGAGAUCCGCCAAUUGCCUUUGAAACCAUUCAGAUGUUACUAAAUCUUUAGCAGGACCCUUGUGUUUAAUAAUAUGUCUAUCAUCUUCUAUGUCUAACAUAUAACUUUUAGGUGCUAAGAAUAUUCCUCUCUUUAUUUGGCAUUCGAGUUGAAACAUACCCAAUUCUUGGGAAGAAAUGAUAUCGUCAGGAAGAGGAACUUCCUAAAACUAUAGAGUCAGUAUCAGUAUAGUAACAGUCAGGUCUGGAAAUGUGUGGAUACAUAUGAAUACGAGCACAAGCAGUUAUAGCUGCAGACAAAUGAACUGCCGACAUCUUAGGAGCUUUCCAGUCAUCGUCGUCAGCAAAGCUACUAUUGGUAAUGUAAUUGACAAUAUAAUAAUGAUCGGUAAGCUUCUCCGCUGAUUGAAAACUAUCCUUAUUCAUAAAUUCUUCAUAUUUAUUUUGAUUGCAGAUCUCUGUUACUGUACUUUCAGGAUUCAUACCAAAUCUACCAUAGAGAGAGUGAAUUAGAAUCUUAUAAAUCGCUUCAUCACCUGAUUUCUUGGAUUCUAGUCUGCUUUCAUAGAGGUGUGAGACAAAGCCUUUGAAAGGACUGGCCUUCUUCUCAAACAAAUAACCCCUAAGAGGAAUUAUAUGAUAACCUAAAUGACGCGCAAACUUCAACUCUUCGCUAUAAAAGACUCCAACGAAUUUUCCUGUAGGCAAGUACCAGUUUGAUCCUUAUAAGGUAAGAAUGGACGUGAUAUAUUAGUAGGACAUACUACAUAGGCCUCAAUAAAUCCAAACAAGCUAUCUAAUUCGACGCUCUCCAAAUUCUUCUUCCAGACAGGUAUACCACAAGGCAUCGGAUAUUCUUUCAUAAUAUAAGGAUAUAAAGAGUUCACAUCAUAAUAGUAUAGAUUCUCACCAUAGGGCUUAUAGACAUCAGCAUGACCACCAUAAUAGCCACGCCUAAUAAAGGUGUCUUGGUUCCUUGUAGGUAAAUGAAUAUGAAAGGACUCAUCAUCCAAAUAAUUCUGACGAAAGAUUUGAAGGGAAAGCGAUGACAAUGUCAUCACAUCCUCGAUAUCAAUAUUAUACUUUUCCCAAUUCAUCUCUUGCGCCUUCAACAUCACACCACCUAAGAUAAGGAUAUCUUGUCGAAGAUAGUUUAUCAAAUCCUCACUAUGACCCUGAAGAUUAGACACUUCCAAUUCUGAAUGUGGGAUAGAACCUUUGGUACCUAAUUAAGGACAUAAUGUCUUCCCCAAUGAUUCAAGACUGUUAGGGCAUGAAUCUCUGAAACGUAAUAAGAGCUUACCACCCAUAUAGACUUUCAACUCGUAAAGUUUAUGAUUCCUCAUCAAUGUUUUCAUUCUAUACGGAUUACCACGAUCAGCAUAAUACCUCAGAAUGAUAAUUCGGGCAAAAUUAUGGCGAACACGAGGAUUUUUAUUCACAUAGACCUCAAAAUGAGAGAGAAAUUAAAAUAACAUUCUUUGACUCCUAUCUUCAAAGUGAGGAUUUAAAUGGAUUUUAUUCUCACUUAAAAAGGUUUUGAUCGAAUAUUCAGGUAGGGAUGUAAGAUCAUCACCAGGAUUCACCACUAAGUAACCAGCUGCGUAAGGUACAUGAACACUAUUUACUAGUAUAGUCUCUAUAUCGGCUACAAUGAAAGAACGACAUUAUGUUCCCCUACCUUUGAUUGCCUUUAUUUUAGUGGGAAUACGACUAUCUUUAUACUUCAGUGAUUUCACUUCUGGUAGUUCACAACUUCCUAUUUAUGACUCCAUUACAUUGUGAAUAUUAGUAAGAAUAGCUGAUGAUAUCUCAUUAGGAAAGUCUAUGAAUUGAUGGGAAUCCUUUUUUUCAUAAUAGAUACGAAUAAAGACACCUUUCAUCACUGCAUCCUGAUAUUGUUCACCAUAUAACUGAACUAGUUGAGCAAUCAUAUCAUAUAUCUUAUUCUUUGGUACACGAUUACCAAAUUGAUCACACAAUGGUAUAGCCUUUCCUAAAGUCAAUGAAAAAUAACUGGAUGAAGGGUAUAUCCUAUAGUCAAUUUCAAAUAUGAAGUAUCAAUAUUGUAAGCCUAAUGUUCAAAACUCAAAAUCAAUAGCUCGAGGGUAUGGGUAUAUAAAACCCAUAGAAGCAUAGAUAGAACCAGGAUCAAUAUAUUUCCGAAUCAAUGCUACUUCUUAAACGUUCCCAAUAUCCAUAAAAAUGAUGGGAGAUAGAUGAAUCAAACCUAUUGCUAAUAUCGCUCAUUAUAUCUUUUGUCCGCGUAGUAUAGGCCCUAGAAGAAGUGCUAACCCCCCAAAACGUAGAACAUAACAAAGUCUUACCAACAAUUCCAAAUAACGUACCAUCAUAUCCAAACCUAGAACAUAACAUAGUAGUACCUUGCCUUAUUAAGGGUAAGACAGUCCCUUGAUUUCUUUUUAUUUUCCCUAAAUCCAAACCUAGAACAUAACAUAGUAGUACCUUGCCUUAUUAUUUUGGCUAGGUGUAUUUUCUCCUAGCUAUCAAUGCUAUACGGUCUAGAUAGUCGGACAUCAUCUUAUUGCUCCUUUUUUGGAUUGUAUCAUAGAGAAACAAUGGAUAAUCUUCACUGUAAUACGUUUCUAUACUCCUGCACAUAUCUUCAGAUAUCACAUCAUCAGGUUCUACCAAUAACAAACCUGCUGCAUAGGGUACAUGAAUAUCGUUGAUGAGUACUGUCUCUAUAUCGGCGACCAGAAAGGGUUGCCUUUCCUUACUAGUGGGUUCGAGUGAUUUCAUAUACUUGAGGUACUUAUGUUUACGGUUUUCUAUCUUUUAAGCCUCCCUAUGUUCCACCAAUUCAUAACUGAGCAGGUAAGCUAUAUGAUCAUUAGAUCAUUCUAGUGGUUUAUUUGAUUUCAUAUCUAAUACAUAGAUUCGAAUAUAGAUGCUAGUUAUCAAUGAUUUCUCGUACGCCUCGGCCUUCUGCCUCACAUAGUUCUCCACUAAACUAGAUACAGGUAAAUCUUGACCUCCUUCCCGAUAGAUUCUAGCUUGACUUAGAGCAAAGGGUACUUCCCCAUUUGGUAUUUUCAUUACAUAAUGAAUUGUCAACUUACUGAUUCACGAUUUUCAUGAUUUCGAGAAUUGCGUAUAGUAAGGGAUGACACCGCACGUAUAGGCAAAUAGGAUGAUUGCUCUCUUCCAGUGAUUGGUAGAUUGAUCUAAUCGUAUAAAUCAUUCAGUCAAGUGGAAACGGAAAUGCCGUAUGUAAAGUGAAAGUAAAGGAAGACUCUCCCAGACGGCACGUUUACAAGUUCGCGCCCGUCUAAUUGAUUUCGUAAGUGAUGUGAGACCUCUAGAUUGGAAUUCCAUUUUUCCCUUAGGAUUCGCGUGCUCGAAGCGCUGUGAAUUCGUUGGUUGAUUUGUUGACCAACUGCAUGGGCGCCUUGUGUCAUUAGGUUCGUGUUCAGUUUAUGUUUGAAAGAGAGCUUUAGCCAUGCGAAAAACCAAGGUCAUUUCCGACAAAGAAGUCCCUCUUCUGGGGACAAGUCUUCCUUCAUUGGGGGAGCAUAAUGAAAAAAAGAAACCGGAAAUGAAUAAGUUCUUCUUUCUAAUAAUAGAGGUGUUCUCUCUUAUGCACUUCGUAAUCCAAGUGUUGGUGCUUUUUUUGACGGGAUUUAUAUAAAAUAGAAUUUCCAAACCCUUUCAAUUUCUUAUUUGACUAUGUUCAAUAUUUGAAGUAGCAAGAUUUAGCUCAUAAUAAAUGAAAAGUUGCUCCGCCAAGAGCCUUGAGCAUUGUACAAGGGCGUGCUGUAGGAGUAACCCAUUACCUUCUGGGUGGAAUUGCCACAACAUGGGCAUUCUUCUUAGCACGAAUUAUUGCAGUCGGAUAAUGGCUAGGAGGAUUUGAAAGGCAUUAUGGCAGUAAGAUUUCCAAGGUUUAGCCAAGGCUUAGCUCAGGACCCCACUACUCGUCGUAUUUGGUUUGGUAUUGCUACCGCACAUGACUUCGAGAGUCAUGAUGAUAUUACAGAGGAACGUCUUUAUCAGAAGAUUUUUGCUUCGCACUUCGGUCAAUUGGCAAUAAUUUUUUUGUGGACUUCUGGCAGCAAGGAAAUUUUGAGUCGUGGGUACAGGACCCUUUACAUGUAAGACCUAUUGCUCAUGCAAUUUGGGAUCCUCAUUUUGGUCAACCAGCCGUGGAAGCUUUUACUAGAGGGGGUACCCUUGGCCCGGUGAAUAUCGCUUAUUCUGGUGUUUAUCAGUGGUGGUAUACAAUCGGGUUACGCACUAAUGAAGAUCUUUAUACUGGAGCUAUUUUUAUAUUAUUGAUUUAUGCCAUUUCCUUAGUAGCAGGUUGGUUACACCUACAACCGAAGUGGAAACCGAGCGUUUCAUGGUUCAAAAAUGCCGAAUCCCGCUUGAAUCAUCAUUUGUCAGGACUCUUUGGCGUAAGUUCCUUGGCUUGGACAGGGCAUUUAGUACAUGUUGCGAUUCCUGCGUCCAGAGGGGAGUACGUUCGAUGGAAUAAUUUAUUAGAUGUAUUACCGCACCCUCAAGGAUUAGGCCCACUUUUGACAGGUCAGUGGAAUCUUUAUGCUCAAAAUACCGAUUCAAGUAGUAAUUUAUUUGGUACCUCCCAAGGAGCAGGAACUGCCAUUCUAACGCUUCUCGGAGGAUUUCAUCCCCAAACGCAAAGUUUAUGGCUGACCGAUAUUGCACACCAUCAUUUAGCUAUUACAUUGAUUUUUCUCGUUGCUGGUCAUAUGUAUAGAACCAAUUUCGGGAAUAGUAUGAAAGAUCUUUUAGAUGCACAUAUUCCUCCGGGAGGACGACUAGGUCGUGGGCAUAAGGGUCUUUAUGACACAAUCAAGAAUUCGCUUCAUUUUCAAUUAGGCCUUGCUCUAGUUACCGACAGCAGCUCCCGCUGAAGCAAUUGUAGCAGCUCCGGCACCCAUUGAUUACUUCCUUGGAAUUAGGGGUUAUUACUUCCUUGGAAGCUAAACACAUGUACUCUUUACCUGCUUAUGCAUUCAUAGCACAAUACUUUACUACUCAAGCUGCAUUAUAUACCCAUCACCAAUAUAUCGCAGGAUUCAUCAUGAAUUUGCUCAUGGAGCUCUAUUUUGAAUUAGAGAUUACAAUCCGGAGCAAAAUGAAGAGAAUGUAUUGGCAAGAAUGUUAGAUCAUAAAGAAGCUAUCAUAUCUCAUUUCAGUUGGGCUAGUCUCUUUUUUGGAUUCCAUACCUUGGGACUUUAUGUUCAUAAUGAUGUCAUGCUUGCCUUCUUCUCAAACAAAUAUCCCCGGAGAAGCAAAUCUUGAUCGAACCUAGAUUUGCUCAAUGGAUACAAUCCGCUCAUGGUCAAACUUCAUAUGGGUUCGAUGUACUUUUGUCUUCAACGAGCGGACCGGCAUUCAAUGCGGGCCGAAGCAUCUGGUUGCCGGGUUGGUGAAAUGCUGUUAAUGAAAACAUUCAUUCAUUAUUCUGAACAAUUGGAAACACAUCACAUUAUGGCAGGGUAACGUUUCACAGUUGAAUGAAUCUUCCACUUAUUUGAUGGGCUGGUUAAGAGAUUAUUUAGGGUUCAACUCUUCACAACUUAUCAAUGGAUAUAACCCUUUUGGUAUGAAUAGUUUAUCGGUCUGGGCAUGGAUGUUCUUAUUGGAAGGUUUUAGUUGCAGUGAAUGAAGAUUUCUUCUUGUGCGGGGUUCUGAAUUUAUUGAAACUUUAGCAUGGACUUUGGCGAAUUUGAUUCGCUGGAGAGAGAAACCAGUGGCCCUUUCUAUUGUGCAAGCAAGAUGAGUUGGAUUAGCCCACUUUUAUGUAGGUUAUAUAUUCACUUAUGCUGCUUUCUUAAUUGCCUCUACAUCGGGUCAAUUUGGUUCAUUUGAAUGUGUUGUAUCCGCGAUAAUAGAAUUUAUUUGGAGGGGGGGAUUCACCUUAUUAUAUUUCUACAUCUAGGAUUAGACUUGUAUUAUGGAUACGAUACUAAUACUCAACCAUUAUGGCAAGGAAAAGUUUGAUUCAGAGGGAUUUGAACUGAAAUCUCAUUUGAUUCGUCGAUCCUCAAAAAAAGAAAUAAGCAAAGUUCCUUAGUCUUAGUAAAGACUAAGAUCUUGAAACCUUCGUUGAGUGACAAAUGGGAAAUUUAUGGAAAGUGACAAUCCCCACCGCGGAAUAGUGCACCUACACGCCUUCGUCGACGUUGUUUUUUUACCGAGAGCUAACUAUCGAGACUUUGGACUAUCCGGACACAUACUUCGUGAAAUGGUUCAAGCAUGCCUAUUGCCAGGAGCAAAAAGAUCGAGUUGGUAAGGAUUCACGCUUCAUUUCUAAGGCUAAAGCCCCUUGACCUUUCUGUAUAAAUGGGUUAUUCUAUUUGUACAGAUAGGGUAGGGGGGCGCAUUCAACCCUUGUUUAUCUAUUAGUUUUCAGUUUUGAUCUUGGGUAGAGCAGUUUGGUAGCUCGUAAGGCUCAUAACCUUGAGGUCACGGGUUCAAAUCCUGUCUCCGCAACAUCGUGUUUUGCCAAACAAUUUGACAUUGAACUAGUAAUUCAAUAACACACCGUUUUUUGGGGUGGAAGGAAAGGUGGGGGAACCCGUAGGAAGGGGGGACGACCCGCCGAAUUCACAUCAGAAAUCGCCAACAUGAACACAAACGAAAUCUUGAAUUGCGUAUAGAAACAAAGCGAACCACUUCUAUUCUCGGAGCUGAGGUAUAUGAGGAAUGGCUUUUUGGUCCCUUUCGUCCAGUGGUUAGGACAUCGUCUUUUCAUGUCGAAGACACGGGUUCGAUUCCCGUAAGGGAUAGGUACUCAUUCCCGGCCGCUUUCAGUUAGUGUUCAUUGCUGAGUGAUCGCUCGGCUUGGUCCGGAAGCUUCCUUUCUCCCAGCCGACCCGAAAGUCAUUUCAAAUGAAAGAAGAAUCUGUGUGCACUAUCUAUGGAGUGGAGUGACUAUCCUGAAUCUCCUCUCCCCCUUUUUGCCUUCGGCUAUUACCGGCUGGCAAGGCUUGGCCCAACAUUGGAUUUUUUUUAAAACAACCAACAUUCACUAUUUUUGGAAAGGAACGAAUGCAGGCUUUCCACCGGUUCUUUAAAGCUAUCAAUCCCCGCUUCUCCCUCUCGCAUCGGUUCUGCAUCAGAUGAUGAGCCCAUGCGAAAACUUUCUCUUUUAUUGGCUAUUAGAUUGAGUCGAAAGCUUACCAACGCAUAAAGGUUCCGAUUCGAGCGAGAGCCCAAACGGGUGAGGCGAGAAGUCUAUUUCCAUGUGGUCUGUUUGAUAACUACUUUUCAAAAUUCGAUCAAAUCGAUCGAGAAUGUCAUCAUCUGUUAGGUGGGCCAACCGACCGACCGAGUUGGGCUGGGCGUCCAUGUCACAGAACCUUUCUCUAGCCAAGAAUCCCAUUUCGGGGCGGAUCCUUAUUGUAAUAAACUGCAUGAAUCUAUAUUACAGUUAGUGAAUAUCCCUUUAUAGUCAAAGGCAAAUGCAAAAUAGAUCGUUUUCACACUAAGAAAAAAACCUAGAAAAGAGGAAGAGUCACUAAGAAAAGAGAGCUAUAGGUAAGCAAGCAAGAAGGAGAGGUGCAAAAAGGCGAGGCAAGGGACUCUCCAUCUCUAGGAAGAUUGUGUCCAGGAUCUGGUAAUCUAAGCCUUGCUUCUUCUGGUCGACUCGUAUUAGCCUGUGCUUUAUUACAGGUAGUCAUUCCCCCGUUCCUACCGUCCAAAACAGGCCUAUGGAGUAUAGCCAAGUGGUAAGGCAUCGGUUUUUGGUACCGGCAUGCAAAGGUUCGAAUCCUUUUACUCCAGAUUAUGAACACCCGAUCGGAUCUGUCAAGAACGGGCUGACGACUACAGGGGAAGCGGCUGACUGCAGUCCCUGAGCCCAGUAGCAUGUAGCAAGCCUGCCAGUUUGACUUGAACCUACUUUGCUAAGAGAAGAGAGAGAAGGGAAAGACAGACGGAUCCUUCCAACCGCGGAAUUUCACACAAGACUGACUUCGGCCAGGUUCUUUUCUCAAUGUCAUUAUCUUCCUCACCUUAGCCCUGUGCUAUCAUUUGUAUAAUGUGGUUCGGAAGGAUUUGUUUUUGAUUUCGUGUUGAUCGUGAGAGCUUUCAAUUCAUACAUAGAGUAGUAGCUCAUGUUAGACUGAUGAGCGAGGCCCCUAGCGAUAGGGGGAAAGAGGGCUCCUUUCGACCAGAUUACUAGCUUUCAUUCAUUCAAAGUAAAGGAACUUAUUUAAGAAAAUGAGUCAUGAACUACAUGGGUCUUAUACCUUCUUCCUUGGUAUGUCAGAUAGGUUAUGUAGGCGUACAACUCUUCCUAGGUUGUAUUCGAUCUAGAAUGACUAAAGAAUCUAUUAGUAGGAUGUCUAAUAUUACCAGAAUACCUUAUUUCCCUUAAUAAAUGGGCCAGAUUCAAGUUGUUUUCCAGUUCAAACCAGCUAGUAUCAAUAUGCUUUCAAGCCUGAGUAUUUGAAGCAAGUUUCUAGUCUCAUACCUGUAAUCGCAUAUUACCUGUACAUUAUGUCUUUUCUUUUAUUGGCAUUGUCCGAGUGUAUUUCAUACUUUCAUCCUGUACAGCCAAGACAUCUAGUUUCAGUCCUUAGGAAAGCAAGUUCUAAAACAGUUGAAGCAAGGGCUUGAUAGAGCAGCUAGAGAUAGACGCUUUGGAUAGAGCUAGUGAGAGAUUAGGCAUGUAGUCCUUCUCCUGGCAUUUAUGCUUACCUAGGGUAGCCUGCCAUUGAUCUAGUUCUUGGGAUGAAAUGAAAGGUAUGUAAUCACUCUCCCUAGUAGUCGAGUGCUUCCUUAUGUCUUUCUGUUUCAUUCAGCAGGAACCGAACCUGCCUGACUAUGCUUGACCUUCAAGCUUUCGUUCAACAGUAAGGGAUUCCCUCACCUCUUGAUCCUCGACAUCUGGUCCCUUAAAAGACGAAUAAUAUUAGCUGCUUCCGGGCGAUGGUUCCAGCAAUGGAAUAAGUAACGUAGGCGGGGUAGCACCCCUCCGAUUAUAUAGCCAGUAUCCCUACAGGUAUGGGCACGUAUCCACUCUCUUUCAAAAUCAAAUAAGUCUAGGAAAGAAAAAGGAGGUCUGGACGACAACCAUUCCUUGAAUUUGGUUCAGGCAAAGCGAUAGACCCAGAAAGGAAGGAGUGUGGAAGCCACUCGUCUCCAAAGAGGAGGAAUACUGGACUGAGCCGAACUGUAAAAGAGUCAUCGACUGUGGAACUAGGAGUGAUUCUCGGAACUUUCACCAUAGAGAGGUUAGAAUAGACUCGACUGAAAGGAGAGGGGAAAGUGAAAUCAAUUUAUAAUGAAGAGUAGGCUUACUAUAUACCGAAGCUCUUCAACUAAGUCACGUAGGAGACCAAAAGAUCUCCUAUUUUGAUGCUGCAAAGCAAGAAAUCCGUUCACAGCAGCAACAACAGCAUCAGGUCAGCUGGCGAGACCCCUUAUUGAAUUUAGGCACAUCAAACCAAUCCCCUUCCCGAGAUGAGGCUAAGGUAGUUGGAAAGGAAGUAGGCAAGGAUCGUUCGCUAGAAUGAGCUUGAAUAGGGCUCCCUUCACUAUAAAUCAGCUAGAGAUAUGCUGCUCUAAAGACAUUAGGGGAGUUCAUUCGAAGGGGGAUGAAGGUCGCAAGGUGGGAUUGACCAACAGGAGGGAUUAUAUGGGCUAUUUGCCUUAACUGAAUCAGUAGUAUAAGCUACUCAAUGAGAGGAGACAUUCGGGCGUUCUAACGCUUAAUCCGUUACAGCAACUUCAAAGAUAGAAGAAUUAAAUGCGCAUACAAGCUCGCUUUAGGUGGCCAUUCUACUUCGGGACAAUGGGAAACUAGUCUCAUGGCUGCAUGCUCUUCUUCCCGAUCCCGAUUUCCGAGUUAUAUAGCCUGGAUGGGAGCAGCAGUGAAAAUACCUCUUCUUAGUGGAGCUCCUUGUUCUAUUUGAGUAGCUUGGUUUGGUUAGCAGCUUGGAGUUUAGUAAUUGCCUGUAGUAAAGCCUGCUGUUAUAAGGCUUUGGGGUAAGCACGCAAGCAGCAUUUGAUGUGGGAGUAAAGGCAAAGAAAGGGUUUGGUAGCUAGAACCAGGGACUAUCCUUAUAAGAUCUAACUCGUCUCCUUAUCCUCAAGGUAUGAGAUAGCUCCUUUAGUGAAGUAACUAAUAAAGCAAGGAGAAGCGAUUUGCAUACUUGGGAUUAGCUUAUGAUUUUGGAGUAGCCUGUAGCUAUAUUUGUGGCUGUAGUUAGAGAGGGCUUGCAAAGGACAUCUGUCCCAGUUAGAUGACUUAAGGAGUGAAAAAAAGAAAAAGAAUAGGGGCCAUAUUGGUGAAGUCAUGUUAGUUGUGGUUCACAGCAGAACCAAAGCAGAAUGACUGACCCUGCCUCCAAAGAGGAAGGUGCAUUCCUUGUUAUAUCCCAUAGCUUGCUGAGACCGGAGAUAGGGUCCCCUCAGAUAUGACGAUAGGUACGUUCCUGCCAAACAUGUUAAUAAUCUAGGUUUCCCUAUGGGCAUAUCCCAGGUUUCCAAUAUGAUCUUCAAAUAGACAAUCACACACAAAAAAGCUAAAAAAGAGCUCGACGAGUAACGAAGACUUCAAAACAAAAAGCAGUCCCGUCCUUCUCCUUUCCUCUAGUGCGGAGAGAAUUCCACAGCUGCGGGACAGGGGUCAACGUAGAUAACAUUAGGCUGAGCGCAGCCAUCAGAAAGACCUCGAGCGAACAAAGACCGGAACUAACUGCUCGCUCAAUGCGCAGAACCCUUCGGAAUGGGAUCAAAGCCCGACGAACCCAUAGUAGCUUCACUUGUCUAUCCGCCAGCACCAUAAAGCUGAUACCGAGGCAUUUGAACCGGUACCCGCUCCUCUCCUUAUCAGUCGAGUGGCUUCCGCUCCUCUACUCUAGUGCCUAGUGAGACUAUCCAGCUACGGGCCUUCUUUUCCAAUGAGUACUCUCCUCUCGGGGGAAGGGUCUUAUCGGGUGGAAAGAGGUCUUAUCCGUAUUACUUGCAACUGGGUACUGCCCGAUUUCGUUCCCGAUUAGCUCUUAUAUCUUAUAUUGGUCUAUAUAACUAUAAAAGGGAAUAACAAGCAAAAGUAAAAGCCCCUAAUGGCAACUUGAGAGGCAUCUUAGAGGUGCCACCGGCUGACUUCCUAUCUCUUAUCUGGGCUCAAAAAAUACGAUUCUAUCCAAUUUCCCUUUUAGGGUCUUCUAUAAUUUGCCUUUUUCAGUAUCUGAUCUUCACUUAAAUAGUGAGCGCGGACGGAACCAAAAGUGAAGUGACUUUUGGCCCUGAAAACACAGUUAGAAUUUCUUUUGUUACCGCUAAGAGUCAUUUUGGGUGGCUGUCUUUCUUUUUUCUUUCUAUAAAGGAAGAAGAGAAGGCUAGCGAUGACUUCAAAGAUCUAGCAUCAGUCUAGAGAUCUCCCUAUGGGACCUUAUGGAGAAAAACUGGGAUCGCUGAAGCGGUAGAAAAAUCUUGAAGAGCGAACGUUACCUUCAUUCAAGCUUUGGUUCUUUAUUGGUCCCCCGAGACUAAGACUUUGAUUUUCCUUGGGGGAAUUUCGAGGACGCGCUUUCGGAUAUACCGCCGUAGGCUUUUCUCCUGAUCGAGAAAGAGCGUUUACCUCGCUGCUAGGAAGAGAGGAAGGAACAUGAGGCAUCCUUCUUUCAGGAGCUCAGACUCCAGUUCGAUCGUUAGAAGGAAGGCGAGUGCGGAGGCAAAGUGAAUUCUGAACGGUCUGUGCCUGAAACUGAACUCACUUCUUUUUCGAUUUAUAGAUUUAUAUUAGGCAUCCCCAGUUGGGGCUAUGGCAGAUGGAUGAAUUGAAUUUAAUGCAUUGCUUCCUACUCAUACUUUCACUUUGGCGAAUUCCAAGCAAAAAAGGAGUGGGUUUGAAGUGGAUUGACAAGAUUCAGCAUUGGUCUUUGGAGCGUUAUAAAGCGCGCCUUCUAGUCCAAGGUUUCACUAAAGCAUUUCUUUCUCAUAAACAACUGCCCCGUCUGCACUUUCAAAAGACUUUUGGCCACAUCCGUCAAGUAUCCUGCUGCGCGCUAAGCAAUAAUCCGUCUCUCGAAUUCUGACACCAACCUUCUCAUAGGUGGAACACACUGCCGACAGAUUCGUCAUGGCUUCCUAACUAAAUCCCUGAACCCCACAAAGGCAAAGUCAAAGCAAAACAUUAGAUCAAGAGAUUGCUUCCAAGGCAUCGGCAUCUUUUCUCUAGGCCCAGAUCCUUUUGUUGUUUUCGAUAGUCUGUAGAUAGUGCCUGAAACACCAGUAAGAAAGGCAUUUAUACCCGAAAUAACAUAAAUAAUGGCAAUAUGGAAAGCUCACACCAAAAACGAGGUCUUUCGACUUACUUGGUGGCUGGGUCAAAGCGGGAUGAUCGUUCUACCGCCUUGAGGUUUUGAAUGAGGGGCCUUUACACUUAUAAGUUAGCUUCAACUAAAAAAGGGACGGAAAGCUUCGGGCUGAGAGAUUAGAAUAAGUGCCACGGCUCGAGUUGCAAGCAUAGACUCAGGAGGUGCUGUCCUGGGCUAUCCAACAGAUUGGACCAGGAUUUGCUGGUUCGAGAUGAUAAACUGAACCUUGUGGUCCAGUUAGUCCUGACGCGUCUCCGAAAGUGGCUGCGGGAUCAAGGCCUGUGAGAGCUCUCUUCGCUACGAUCUUUCGGAAAUCUUUCUUAUUCACCUUUGUAAUUCAUGUUUCAAUCGGCGAUACACAAACCUAAUCCUUUCACUGAACACCAACCCCAUUUCGACGAAAAAGAAAAGCCUUGCGCUUGGAUGGCGUAUUUCUUUCUUUUUAUCUUCCUCUCCCUAUGCCUUUACUUGAUAGGGGCGUCUUCAAACCUUUUAUAAAAUAAAUGAUCUGCCCUACUGUCUGUGGUAAGUCAGUCUGGUUUGCCUGUGAAUCCAGCUUUCGAUCGCUUACUGUACUCUUUGUUCUGUCUCGCCUUGAGCUUGCGCCUGCUAUUCAUUCUUUUAUGCCUUUCGCCCGGUAAGGACUUAAACAAUCGAAAACGGAUGAAAUAGCAUCGGAGUCGAGAACAGCGCAUAUUCCAACAAGACCAUCAACUGCGGGUAGGCUUCAAGCUCCUACUCAUAGCCGCUCUAUGUACUAAUUCCAAGCACAGAGAAGACGCUAUAGGUCUUUGUUGGUGUGUAGAGUAGACGGUGUUUGAAAGAACCCUUUUUUGCCGAGCAAACUAGAAAUUGCAUAAGAAAGGUAGGUCGGAUCAACGCGUAGAGAAAUGCUUGAUCACGCAUUGACUGGCUAUUCAAAUUCAAAUCUUCUUCGUGCUGCUGGUAGUUUUGAAGGGCUUUGUCUUUCGAUGUAGUUCCGCUUCUUCACGUGACGGAAAAAAGUAGGUUCAUAAUGAGAAAGGGAUUUGCUCAAGCUGUUUCCAUUGUGGUCGGUUCUACUGCUAUUACCACUGCUGCUGCACCCUUAUCCCAACCAAGCCGCAGAAAGCUGGAGAUUUGGACCUUGGUGUUCGAGUGUUUGAAGCGGCAGCAGAAGAAUCUUAUCAAAAUGGAUGGACUAGUUAGGGGAGUCAUUGCACAAAGAUUCUAUACCAAUAGAAUACACAAUGAUUCUAUACAAAAAAAUAGAGAGAGCCAUAAGACCAGAUGCCAACAACUUAUGACACUCAAUAGGACUCAAGCCUCCAUAUAUAUCCAUCCUAGAGCUCCUACAAACCUCUCCUAAGACCAGGAAGAAGUUAUUUUCUUGGCCGAUGCCCAGAUACCUGUAGAAAGCACCCCUACUUACCUAGAGAAUGUGGUAGGAAUUCUCACUGCACCGAUGGCCAUAUCCUUCUCAAAUGAUGACCUACCCAAUGGUAAGCUAUCUCCCCAUAUCAGAGCCCUGAACUGAACUCUUCUUAUCGGCAAUCGUUCUAUCUCUCGAGUUCAAAAACCCUCAACAUCUGCCUAUUUAGGGUUGUGGAGAGCCCACUUGAUCUUUUUGUGGCUUUGCCGAAGUUAUUGCUUUUUUAGUAAGGUAGGCCUAAUACGAAUUGAAGUAUGUUGAUAGCGCCAGUGAAUGUGAAUAGAAUAAUAGUAGCAUGCAUCCCUCCUAAUUGUCAAGGUUUUCGAUAGAUCUUGUCUAGUAAGGCAGGCAGGUACCUAAGAGCCGGAUCAAAGACCAAUAGCAAGGAAAUGCAACCUGAGGGGUACUUUGUGGAGAUUUAGCCUGCGCAAGUUCGUUUACUCACAAAGUCUUGGUUCAAAAUAGGACCGAUUUGGGUAUGAGGCACCUCGAAAAGGCGUGAAACCUACGAAUUUUUCCCAGAGGUCUCAGAGAGUAAAAAUCAUAGUGAGUGGCCGAGGUUCAAAUGGGUAUUCGAAUUGAUGCAAUUCCUUCUAGCCCUGAAUCUGUUCAUGCUAAGAUCGGGAAGGACGCAUCUAACAGCUACUUAGAGAUGGCAAGGCAAAGGUAAUCAGGGCUAUUGGCCUACUCGAGACAUUGAAUAGUGUCUCAAGCAGCAGGCGCAUUCGAGAACAUCUGUGCGGGGAUAUCUAAACUAUUGGAUUCACCUCAGAGAAAGCACUUUACUGUUUGACCCGUAUCCGAGGGUCACUUCUCUUAAGACAGGCCUUGGAUCGCGAAGACCCGAACCGCUUCGUGGGCUGCUCCUUCUUCCUUGAUAGAAUAGCAAGGAACCCAGAGUCUGUGGGAGGCUUAUUACUUCAACUAGUCCCCAUGUUCCUCAAACGGAUCUCUUAGUUGUUGAGAAGGUUGCCCAAAAGCGGUAUAUAAGGAUAUAAGGCGUACCAGUCAAUAAACCAGAUAUAAAGAUGAAAGAUGGCUACUUUCGCUUCACUACGUAUCUAAUCUCCUAAGCUUUUGGUGCUGCUAGAAAGCGUUCAACCGGCCAGAUCUACUGAAUCAACAGAAAGAUACAUAGGUUUGAGAAAGGAAGACUCACUAACUGAGAAACUCAUUUAUCAGUUCGAGGUCGACUAGAUCGAGAUCUUCGAUCAACAUCCUUACUAUCCAUGGUAAUACCCAACAUGGGACCCCCUUAGACUUAGAUAAGAACGACUAUCUAAUUCAUGAUGCCAAUAAACCUUAGGUGCCCGUACGUACUACCCGUCAUACCCUUUCACGACAGAUACCGUUAGAGCGAGCGGUAGAUCGAAGAUAAAAUAUUAGACUAGAAGAAAUAGGUACGAAAUACAUAGUUCAACUCAUUUCCCUCUCCCGUUGGUCGAGUCACUUCGUACCUCUGGUGGUGCUUCCACGGGUUAAGGAGAUAUGAAAUAUCUUCCAGCAGUGAGUGUCCCGCAUUGCCUUCCCGACUUAGCCUUCUUGGGCCCUUUUCAUGAUGGGUUUUCGGCAGUUUCCUCCAAUCCUCACCCCGUUCCCUGAUGGUUGGCCUACGAACUGCUUGAGUUUGUGGACUUCUAGUCUGACAUCCACUGCUUGGUGUCUCAGGUCGAUGUUGCUGGCCUUAGGUGGGCUUAACCCCUCUUUCUCCUCUGAAAGGUACGAUUUGAAUUUCUCGGUGCAGUUUCAAAUAGAAAUCUAAGCCAAACUAAUAAUAACUAAUAAUAGAUGUAGAUGCGCGUCCUUUUUAAUGAAAAAGCAAAGACUUCCUGGCGAGACCCUUUCCCGCCAAUACUCGAAGGGUGCUUUCUCCUCAAUAUAGUCUAUGAGAAUAUGAGAACGUUUUUCUGACCAACUCUCAUGGCUUUAGGAGGGGGCGGGCCCCUAAGCUAGCUCCCGCCUUCUUCCGGAUUUGCUCCUAAAUUCCAGCUAUGAUCGACCUUUCGAAUGAAUGAAGUUAGAAGCUAAGGGAGUGAAAGCCUUCUUUCGAAACCAAGUCGUAGUGACGAAAGGUACGAAGAGGUACGUAGUCUCUGCGCUUCGUUGAACAUAGUGAAACUCAUUCGGACCGCGUUCGUCUUAGAGCACCAGUCAAGCUCAUCACUAGGUAACGAAUGAGUCGAAACAGAUGGUGAUCAGAGGUGGACAGCUGGUGGAGCAAGGGCUGAGGCUUUAGUGUUUCAAAUCCAUUAAGCAGAAUAUAGGGCUGCCACCCUUUGAUCGUGCAUCUUCCUUACUGCCUUCUUGGGGCAUUCUCUCACAGGCUGCAUAGAGUCUUUGAAUAAAAUGACUCUCUCUGGGGACGCAAAUAUCUAUACCUGUUCUGUAAGCCAUAAGGAGAAAGUCUUCUUCAACGAGCCCUUCAUCCCAAGUUAUGAGGUAAGGAUCUCCUUCUUGCUAUGGAGGAGCAACCCACAUGUGUUAGAGAUUCCUAAGCAAUAAGAAUUCUAUCUACCGGACCUUCCACUCCUUCUUGAGAGAGCAAGGCUUCAACUCCCACUCCCUAUUGAUUCAAUUUUGAUCUUGGGUGCUUGCCAACCAGCUGGAUUAAGGGAUUCACGCACAGGCUCUCUUCCCCUCCCUUGCUCCCGAAUACGAUUUAAGGAUCCACCUUUGGUACCGAUUAGAUGGUACAUAUUAGAGAGAUAAGAACAAGCUUGGCAGCCUUGGUGCGCUCCCCAGUUAUAUUCCUGUGGAUGAUAGCAAGCAAGGAAGAGCGAAGCUCUUCUCCCUUUCUUCAGUUGGUUCGGGACGCAUUACGAUAGCUAGGCCGGGUGGGAUUAUCUAUCGGAUGGUUAUUCAUCAAGUGGAUCCUUUGCCCCUGACCUAUGAAGUUCGUUUCACUUUCACUUUCUUUCACUUAGAGUUGAUAAACGAAAUGAGUUACACUCAUUUGAAACGGCGACUACGUACCUUUCAGUCGAGUCACUUCGUACCUCUUUGACUUAGGAGUUCCAGCGGCCAAUUAUGCGACAAUAUAGGCUGAGCGAGAAUAGCAUAAGUGUGUUAUUAGCAUUUGAAAGAACAAGGUUUGGCAAGUAAACGAGGAAUUUCUUACAGUAAGAUAGAAAGCAGGCUAGUCUCCGAAAAUGCCCCGGACCGUGUCGUUUGGAACAAGUAAGAUUUCUCAGGGUAGAAGGCCUUUCCUUGAAAGCGAGAAGGACUCCGCUUACUCACCAGGUUGACAGCGGCGGCGCGGCUACCCGAAAUAAAAAAUUGCUCUACACAGAGCGCGGAUAAAUGAAAAUUUCGUAUUCUAGUUGCAGACAAUAAAGUAGCUGUGACGUGAACUGCGCUGUGCUCAUCAAAGUGUUGGCUGCACCGAAAUCCCAUUCCCUUUUCCUUUGUGAGGAAAGCCCUCACCUUCUCUCUUCCAACCAGAAUGCUUUUAGGCGUUCUGGUUUUGCUUAUGCACACCGGGCUGCUUAGUCGGAAUAGGCAAGCGGUGUGCUAGAGGAAUACAUAGAUCAAUUCGAGAUGAAACGUCAGUUUGCAAUUUACCAAUAUGGUUCGCAGUUUUAUCCAACCGCUCCCACUCGUUAUUCACCCAGCGAUUGGCUUGAGUUUUCCUUUUCGGAAUCCUCGCCAUCAGAAAUAAGUACUUCUAUAGGGGCCCCACAGGUAGGCACUAGUAGUUCCGCUUCUGAGUCCGAUGCAUCAUUCACUGAGCAGCUUUCCCGUGAAGAUCUUUUUCAAAAGAUUGCUAGUGAACUACAGCAUCGGAUGAAUGACACUUCCUGACGGUAUCGAUUUGAAUUAUUUUAUCCAUUACAACUUGCUUGGCGAAGAAGAGGUGGGGGCGCUAGACCCCUCUCUUCUAGCCGAAGUUCUCACUGAUUUACAACUUCCCAGUCCAAUUAUCAGUUGGUACUGGGAGGAAGCCUUCAACUCCAUACUUUUAUUGCACGGUUGGAUUUUAUAACGUACAGCCAGUAAUUGUAAAUUUCGGAUAAGUUUCAAGUUAUAACAUAGCCCGACGUCAAGGUGAGACGCCCAGUCCAGCUCUUUAAGAAAGAAGGUUCGUCCUAGCUUAGUCGAAGUCUAAGGCAAAACCAGAAUCCCAACAGUGCUAAGCUAGUAGGAUUUCCUCUUGGAAAGAAAAGACUAGAUAAGCUAUCCAAUCAGUAGACAGGCUGGUAACUCUACGAGGUACGCAGUAACUCGACUGUAGGGAUCCCGUAGAAAGCCUUCUCCUAGAAUAUAGAAUCAUUGAACGGAGGAUAACAGCCGAGAAGGAUAUGAAAGACUACGGUUCAAAGCUUCCGAAGGAACUAGCUAGAGCGGGAUCUGCUGAACCUGAGGGAAUAAGGAAAGAAGCAAGCUUGGGUGCUUUAUUUCUUUUUGCUUGUAGCAUGAUAUGUAGGCUGAACACAAACCCAAUCGAAGUGAAACUCUCCUUUCCUUACUUGUUCCAAGUAAGAGAAUUGGCAUUACCUUCGAAAGGUAGGAGCUAAAAUCCGGCUCGGUUAGGGUAGACCCAGGGAAAGAGCUGUGCACAAAGGCUCACCGGCGAUCAUACCAUUGAAUAGGUUUCCAUGACCCGUACAUAAAUCGGGGCAGGGACAGGCUCCUCGAGCAGAUACCAUUACAAUGGAGAAGCUCAUCUUCCCAUUACCGGCGGAGAACUCAAGGGCUCCAAACUCCUUAGGUCUUGUUUUGUAAGCUUGAAGCUUUGAAACCUGUCGAAAUGAACUUACCACUCCACUAACCUAAGCUUACCAGAUCAAUUUCAUCACUACCGAAACCCGUACCGUACACGCCGCUUUCUCGGCUUCCCCUCUUUCCGACCCUCCCCGUACGCUUUGAGGGACUGAGCCUUCGGAUCCCACCCUUUAUUGGUCUUCUUUCCGCUGUCGCUGAGAAAUGCCCUCCUUUUGGCAUCGCAGAACCGAGACAGAUGGUUUUGGUAACAUUUCUAUUCUGUAUAAAAACCGCCUUAUCAGUGGAUCUCUCUACGUCCUAUCGUACCUCUAGCAAACAAUAAAGAUGAACUUCGAGCUGCUGAACCGAUGUUCUUGCUUUCCUAAUCUAAUCCAAGACCAAGGUUCUUUUUACUUGCUUACUUGGAACAAGUAAGGAAUGGAAUGCUUAAUACCUCUACAAUGAAUUCGUAUAAAAGAACUUUAUACAGCCCUAUAAGGUGAAGCAGGAUUUUUUUAAGCUACAGGUUUAAGCUUUCAAGCCAGAGCUAGUCUUCUUCCUACCAGAUCAUUAGACUUACCAUAAUAAUGCAAACAUAGUAUCGAAACCUUUCAAAACUAUUCUUCUUGGUGAUAGAAAAUUUUGUUAUUUAUGGCAUCAUAUCCAUAGUUAGCGCAUUCAUCAUAGUUCGCAGCUCCAGCUCCAUAUCAAGGUCACGCUCGAUAUCGUCACUAGUAAAAAACAAAAGCCCCUUAGCUUUGUUAUUAAGGAACUUGUUCAGAAAUACCCUAAUAUAAUAAAGGGAACAUAGGAGUUUGUCGCUAGGUAUUUGACCAAAUAAGAUCGUCCAAUACCCGAACUCUUGCUUUUCUUUUGCAAGUAUAAUAAAUUGAAGGACAGCUUUUUUGGAAGUAGUAAUUCUUCCAUGCCUUACGGAUAGAAAAGAGUAUGACGUCCCUAUGACUCCUUAAGGUAGUUUUCACUUAUUCUAACAAGUAGAAAGUAACUUGAGAUAGGGAGAGAUUUUCAUAAAAAUGGUGUCAGCAAGUUUCAAUAUAGUUCACAUAUCAGCUCUAUACAAGAAGGGCUCGUAAAGCGAAGAAGAGAGCAAUGGAUCGACUAAACUAGAAAUAUCGUAAUCGUAUAUAAAUAGAAUCUUACGCCCAAAGAUUCCAGUCCUUUCUGUUGGUCAACAACCAUCAGCAAUAUCCUAUCCCUUGUGUUAGUUAGAGUCAAACUAAAAAGUCCUUCCUCAUUUUUUUUUGGGGGGAGCGGAACCUUUUGAAGAAAGAAUCUAAAUUUAUCAUGUUUGAGCAGCUUUUCAAAUUACUGGAUAAGCAUAGCGUGUUUAUAAAAAGAUUAAUAGGCUCUAUUCUCUUAUAUUUAAUAUAUACUUUUGUUGUCCACCAUCAUACUCUUUAUAAAGUAAUGCGCUGGAACAACCGCAGUGGUUUGUUUUGUUCCCAAGUGCAUGUGGGACAUGAUGGGACAACACUGUGGUUCCAAGCCAUACCCAAGGAAGUGGGUACUGCGGGACCCACAGAUAGUUCUCUCUUUCUGGGGGAUCCAUUGAUCACCCUUUUUUCUAUGGAUCCUUUUGUAAUUUCGCUCAUGAUCAUGAUCGCUGUGUUAUUGAUUUUUAUUUUAUUUAGUAGCAAGAAAGAAGAUGGAAAGAAAGAAGAUGGAAUAACGGGUUGUGGAUCAUGGAAGCCGAAGUGAAUACUUUUGAAAUAUGGAGUGAUAACAUUUGAAUUUCUCUUACAUUCUUCGUUCCCGAAAUGGAUCCUAUUAAAUAUUUCACAUUUUCUAUGAUCAUCUCUAUUUCAGGUAUUCGGGGAAUCCUCCUUAAUAGACGAAAUAUUCCUAUUAUGUCAAUGCCAAUUGAAUCAAUGUUAUUAGCUGUGAAUUCGAACUUUUUGGUAUUUUCUGUUUCUUCGGAUGAUAUGAUGGGUCAAUCAUUUGCUUCAUUGGUUCCAACGGUGGCAGCUGCGGAAUCUGCUAUUGGGUUAGCUAUUUUCGUUAUUACUUUCCGAGUCCGAGGGACUAUUGCUGUAGAAUCUAUUAAUAGCAUUCAAGGUUAAACAUGACUCCUAGAGAGUGACCAAAAUACGAAGUUCUCUUCUUUCUUUUUGAUUUUGAGGGUCAGCCGAUUCUAAAGUGCUUUCUUCAACCACUUCCCGUUCAGUUGCUGAAAGAUAGAUAGAAAUAAGGCUUUCUAAAUGAGAUUGAGUUCGCAGGCUAUAAAGAUGCUAUUUGCUGCUAUUCUAUCUAUUUGUGCAUCAAGUUCGAAGAAAAUAUUAAUUUAUAAUGAAGAAAUGAUAGUAGCUCGUUGUUUUAUAGGCUUUAUCAUAUUCAGUCGGAAGAGUUUAGGUAAUACUUUCAAAAUGACUCUCGACGGGAGAAUCCAGGCUAUUCAGGAAGAAUCGCAGCAAUUCCCCAAUCCUAACGAAGUAGUUCCUCCGGAAUCCAAUGAACAACAACGAUUACUUAGGAACAGCUUGCGAAUUUGUGGCACCGUAGUAGAAUCAUUACCAAUGGCACGCUGUGCGCCUAAGUGCGAAAAGACAGUGCAAGCUUUGUUAUGCCGAAACCUAAAUGUGAAGUCAGCAACACUUCCAAAUGCCACUUCUUCCCGUCGCAUCCGUCUUCAGGACGAUAUAGCCAGAAGGGUUCACGUCUUAGUGGGGAAAAGAUUUAGCCCCUGGUGUAUCUCGAAAGCAGAAAGAGUAGAACUAAUUCGAGAGAGCUUGGUGGUCUUAAGAAUGGUUCGGGUGGGGGAUUCUUCUAAAAUCAAGUGAAAAUGCCAUGGAAUUUUGAAUGUUUGGUCUGGAUAUGGAUAGUAUAGUACUGACUAUGCAUAGGACUACCCAAGUGAAAAGACAGGAUGUAUUCCGACGAAAUGCUAUGGAUUCUAGGCGGACUAUAAUGAGGAGGACGACAGACCCAUCCCAUCACGAUCUCCUCAAAGGAAAGCAUCUAAGAUUCAUAGUUUGGUCCCGAGGAAUUCAAGAGCACUCACCUCACGAGGACGUUUGUGAUAGCUGUUAGUGGACAGGGUUUGAUCCCUUACCAAGUUGUUACUAACUAACAGGGGUAGGAGACUGACUGAACACCCACCCUAGUUGGUGACUGGCCAUAUGAGGGUCCAAAGCCUUGUUUUAUUUUAUAAAAGUGGGAAAACAAAUAAAAAAGAAAAAGAAGUAGCCAACCUAUAAGAAUCUGGUCUCUCAGUGACUUCCUUCGUAUAAGCUGGUAAGGCGGAUACAGAGGCCAUUCCCUAGCAUGAAUUUUUCAAUCAAAGAUAGCAGCUAAAAAGAGCGCAUCUACAAGAGUCAAGUAGAUCAAAUCACUAACCUAAGUGGAUAAGGGAGGAUUACAAUAGCAUGUAAACGGUCAGAUCCGAACAGUGGAAUGCGGACUCGGUGAUUAGACAGAGAGAUUCCUCUUACAACGGUUUAGGCUCCGUCUUCUAUUAUAUAUGUGACCGUCAAGGGCCUCACUAGCCAUUUCAUUUCAUUUAGUCCAUGCCAAGAAAGAAAGUAGAGCGGGAAGAGGGACGAAGGUAGCUGGAAGACUCAACAAGAUAUGUACGAUUCAAUGAGGCUACAACCAUAAAAGCAGUCCCUGGCUAUACGACAACACUGGUAGGCCGGCCGUUAUGCUUACGUUAUGGUUAAUACAUGAACUGAUAUACCGGCGUCCACAUUCAAUCGCUUUAGAAGACUUGCAAGAAUGAAACUGAACGAAUAUCAGACUGAGAGAUUUCAACUUCUCAAACAGGAUACCCUCGAUCUCCUAAACCGACAGAGCGCCACAAUUUUCCUCUCGGGAAAAGCGACCGGCGUGCCGCUGAUGCGGCGCGUUGCCGGGCUUUCUGUUUUAAAUAAGAAGGUACAGAAGGCACAGACUUCCAUGUUGGGAUAAAGCGUAAUCCCUGUUUGAAAGGAAUCGUCGCCAUAUCAGGUACAUACCGAUCCAACAAUGCUUUAGCGCAGCUAGUCAAUCUUUCAGCUACUGCCAAAGCAGAGAAGUAAUCGGUAGGAGUCACAACGGUUUCCAGGGUUUUCCUCGUUACUAGAGGGAAGUUGAAGCCAUUCUGAGCAAGCGCAAAGUUGGUUGUCUAAAUCUCCCUCUGUAGCUUCUGUUGCUGUAGAAGAAGAAAGAAUAGACGGAUAGAUUGCUUUUUUGGGAUCAAUUCUUGGAUGACUGAGAAGCAUUCUACCGGCCAAGGUUGAUGAAAGAAUAGAGGAAUUACGCUAAACUCAGACUACAUUGUCUUACUUCCUCCGUUCCUUCACUUCAGUCUUUGUCUAGAACCAACAAAGAGGCAUUAAGGAGGAGUGCUGGAUUCAAGCCCAGGGGUGGUAAUAAGUUCCGUACAUACUUACGAGCCCCUUAUCUCUAUUUAGAUGAUGAUCGUCUUCUCACCUUAGUACACGGAAGACUGACUGAAUCAGACAGUUUCACAUAAUCUUACUUCAAGGGUCGUUAUGAGGUUAGGUAUAGAAAGAGUUCGAAGUGCAUUUUCGAAAAAGAUUCAUUCACAAGAGAGAGAAGAGAAACUAGAUAACUACGUGACUUAAAUAUGUAAAUUUGAGUUAUUCCGUUACGACUUUUCUGCUAAAGUGGAUUGGUCUAUCUUUUAUUAGAUAGAAAAGCUUUCUCCUAUCUUUUAUGUCAUUUCGCGGACUUUAUUUUCUCUCUUGGAUUGGUAUCUUUUCCCGUGCUUGUUUGCACUAUACAUCAUAAAAGCCUAAAAACAAGGAAACCCGCUUGUUUUGUUAGAACGAAUGGUUAGGUCUCGCAAGAGACACUACUAACUUGCCUCCUUCACGAUUCAAAUGCUCUUCCUUCUUUCGCUUGAGUAGUUUUCAAUAUCUUACUUAUUAUAAUAAAUGAAGCGAGUGAAUCUUAUUUUGGGUUGUAGGCCCAUUUCGGUAUCGUGCUAGUAAGGUAAGCGGCUAGGCAGCUUUUGAAUGCGUCCCUGCUAUCCUGAGAAAAUUGAUGAUUUCUCUUUCUUCGUUGAGGGCCUGACCUUGUUGAGUCAAUGUGGAUCCGUAGCCUUUCUUCGCUUGCCUUUGUUUGGAAUUUAAUUCCUCCCGGUUUAGUAUAAGAGCUUUUCCGCAUCAACCUAAGCCCGACUAGGUGAGAAGCAGUGUCAAUUCGUUUAUAAUAGAAGACCUUUCCGCCAAUGCUUCUCCUUGACCGGGAAUAUGAAUGAAGUUUGAGUUUGUUUUUGCCCUUGGAUUAAUCACUCACUGGACGGAUCGAAAGGCAUACGACAGGUGAGGCAGAUAGAUCAAGCUUUCUAUGGGGUAAGACCACUCAUAUCCGAUAACAGAGAUGUUGAUGACUCCGAGAUGGACGACCGGAUCGGCAACGGACGUUGACGAGCGACAUCCCUCCAUAGCUCAGUGAAGUCUAUCAACGAGAGCUGUCACGCUAGCGCUUGAUCUCUUUCUGAGCGCUGUGCUCUAUCUCCGUAGUUCCCUACAGCACCCUUGCUUGAGUGCUCUGCGCGCGAUUGCUUUCUUAUAUAGCUAGCUUCUUUCAAAAGUAUCUCCUUACUAGCUUAGAGUCACCCAGGAACUAUUCCUUAGCUACCAACCUAGCUUUGAGACGACCGUAAGGGUAAAUACUUCACCGCAGUUUCAAUCCAUCCCAUCGUCACCCAAGAGCACGCUUUCCGGAUAGAGGCAGAAUACCGUAGCCAAUCCAAAGAUAAGAUAAAGUCCAAGCUUUCUUAGUUACCUUUGUACUGGAAGCUGGAUCAUACGAACCAGCAAUGGCCUUAAGCUUUCUCUUCUCUCCAGAACUCUCGGACUGAGAAUAUUGCUGCAAGAAAGCAAGCUUAGGGGGGCUUGGAAUAUUUCGUUUUGCUAUUCGGCGAACCAUACCCCUAGGAGAUCCGGCUGCCCGAUCCAUCCACUCCUUAAAAAGGGGCUACUUUCGUGUAAUUCAUGACUAUGCUGCCACUAUUGAAUCAACGGUAGGCCGAUGCCAGAUAAGAUGAGGAAUGAUCACAGGCAUAAUAACGAGAAAGAACGCUAAAAGGGUGGUCCACGAUCAGGUCCCUAACGGCCGCCAUCCUCCAACAAUUGUUGGUUCCUUAGACAAGUAGUAUGAUAGAACCACGUGCUCUAGAAGCCGCCUUAUCAGCGGAGGGACAGAUAACCCCUACCCAAGUUUUAUAUUGACGUAUUGGAGUCAAGUACACAGCGAGUAGGGUCAGAUCUCACCUUUUUAGAUUGGACAUACCAGAAAGUUGAGAGAAAAAAAAAGCCUAAACCGUCACUCCUCUAGUUUCGUCGUCUUAUUACUAACCCGGAUUCAAUAGCAGCUCUGCUGAACUACUGGAAUGGUAGGUGAACGAAGGCGAGGAGUUCAAGUAUGCAAGAGGCCUUGGCUACACGGUGAUACCACUCUCUGGCUACCUCUUUGAGAUGAGGGAAAGCCCCUUCAAAGGCUUUGUUAGCUCACUCUUCGAGAGCAGGUUAGAGGCCAGGAGGUCUGGUAAUGAUGCAUUGGCCUAUGUGUACAAGAUUCUUAUGAACACGCUCUACGGUAGAUUUGUUUACGCCUCCUCGUGAGAGACAGGAUCUCUUGGUUCGUCGACGUCUGAACAACGGGGUCGAAAGCCUCUGUGAAAUAUUCCCUUGUCUCUGUAGUUCUUUUUUCGGCGAAUCCUUCAUCUGACGCCUCAUUUGGUCUAGAAAAGAACCUCAGGCCCGGGGUAGUUCCUCUUUCUCUUUGGCUCGCAUACCUAUCUAUGCUCAGCACUAACUUGACUUUAUGAUCAUAAACUUUAUAGCUAAUGGGACUGGGCAUGAUUCUCUUUUAUAUAUACAAAUAUCUAAACCUCCCUUUUGCGCGACCCUUGCCUCUAGCGCAGUGCGUUAAAGCGGCCCUUCUUUAUCUUAAUCUUCGUAUUUGGAAUCUACUUAACAAUCUUCGGCUUGAAAAGCCUUGUUCCGGAUCAAUGCUAUCUUAUGUUAUAAAUGCAUAGCCAUAAGCCAUACUUAAACAGUGCAAAUGAACCUCGAUGAAACUUCCUCCUAUGCCUUAUCGGGCGAACCCGUGGGUUAUGUUUUGGUGUCAACUUAAAAAAAUGUUGAUUUCCAUCAAUUGCUCUUUUUCUGGGAGCAAGGGGUCAACCUAGGAUCAAGACUCCAGGGGCGAAUAGAUAUAGUGUUACAACCGGUCCUCGCGCGUCUUACCCUUCAAGAGGUCCUCAACUAGCAUUUUUGUUUACGGACACUUGUAGGCCUUCCCAAGGUGAAAUGCCAUAAGUAAGUAAAGAGUGAGCAGCCUUCACAGGCAGCAUAGGCUGCGAAGUUCUAUCUUAGAUAGUAUAUGGCGUACAGCGCUAAAGGAACACAUAUCCAUUUCACGAAGAGACCAGGGCUCGGUCGGAAGAAGAGGUAGCUAGGUGCUCUAGUUGUGCUACAGCCAGUCAUGGGCCGGAAAUAUAUCAAUUCGCCUAUAAGACAUCUAAUAGAAUUGGUACUUUUUUACCAUUGAAACGGCGCUUUUUCUUUAGUCAAAUCGGUCUCCCGGAGCUUCUUUGAAAGCUAUUGUUCUCCUGAACAGGACUAUUGGCAGGACAUCCUUCUUUAUGAAAGCAGGCUAUACUUCGCGAGCCAGGCUAUAAAGCUAAAUAGAUGCGUGUGAAGCCACGAAAACAGAUCCACGUGGUGAUGAAUCAAAAGUCGAUUCCUGCUUGGAGCUUCACUCGUACGCCCAAAGCCAACCCUUCGCUCUUUGCACACGGAGUAGCCUUUUCAGUCAUGAAGAAGCGGUUUCGAGACAUUUACUGAAGGCUUUUCUUUAAAUCCCCCUCUUACAAUUUCAAACUCUUUUUUUCUUCCUCUCCUUAUCAGUCGAGUAUAGUAUCUUCUAACCUCGGAACGAAUGCUUUAAUCCGCUUUUGUGAGAAUAGCUAAAGUAGAAUCUCUUUCUUUUUGGAGGGUUCCGGAAUUGAUAGAGUCAAUAUAAAUAGAAUAUAUAUAAAAUCGCCAAAUCGUUAUCUUAUCUUUGUCUAGAGUAAGUUGGUGUGAAUUCAACUAUGGUAGAGGAUCUACAAUCAUUAGCUCUGGUUCACAGGCAAGUAGUGAGUUUCACUCUUGAGAGAUAGCCAGAUAGUUGAGCUACCCGUAGCAGUCGUAAGGUAAGGCCUCUUUAGUAGCACAAGACAAGGCAUUCGAGCAAAGACAUGAAUGAAGCCUAGCCUUUAGUUCACUUGCAAAAGAGAAGGCCCAGAUAGAGUGCCUUUUUUUAUUUAUACAACGUCCUGACUCGAAAAAUUCAUUGAUCAAAGAUCUCACCUUACUCGUUAAAGUAAGCAAGUAAACCCUAAAAGUGCACAAGAGCUAAGCCUACUUCUCUAGCUACUUUCCUUACUGAUUAUUACUACUGUGCUUCGUCGUAAAAGAAAGGUCUACUUAGGAACAGGGGAAGCGAUUGAAGAAUAAGCCAAAUACUCAUUGCAGGGUGGCGCUGGACUAGGGCUUACUCGGCCUCAUAGAUCAUGAUGGUCAAGCCCUUUCUGUUGAAGAAGAAAGAGAUUGACGAGUAUGAAAGAUGAGACAAUCGAUUUGGACCAAUACGUAUUCAAAUUUCGAUUUAGGCAGUGAAAGAGAAAGGAGAUGGUCGAAUGAUCCCUAUUUAGGUGAAUCAAGAUGGUAUGAAUCCCCACGUGGUGGACUUGAUCCUUCAUUUUGGGUACGUAGGAAGCCAGCUAAGUUUACGCAUUGGGUGCCUAAGACUGAGUUCACGAAAGAGCUAAUACUUGGCUAAGACUUAUUGAGAAGGAAUGGUAAGACGCUAAAGGACGCAGAAAACGGAUCCAAAACGGACUUUUCAGGCUCAUAUGGUAAAUCACCCAUAAGGGAGGGCUAUCGCACAAAACUACAUAAGAAAGUGUACCAUUCUGGUGUCAAUCCCAUGUCAGCCUAAACCUUGUUGUGGAUUGGUAUAUCCCUUCAUCUUCAGCCCACGGAGCGGUAAGCGCAGAAAACAAGCUAAGCUAAAGCAGGGAAAGCGCUGGAGCCCGGAAAGUCUGUAGCUACUAAACCCCCAGAAGUACCAGUCGGAUUUCCUUUUUGGCCUACCAGUUGGAAGAGUUCUCCAGGUGUGGUGAAUCUACUACAUCUAAAAUCCCUAUUCCUGGGCAUGGCUUUUAGCGACUUUAGCAGUAUCAUAAAACGGCGGAAAGCUACUACACCCUAAAAUCCAGUAUAGACUCAACACCCUAGCGGAAAUAUAGGAAUAGGCAAAAAUAGAAUGUUCUCCUUCGACCUAGCUCUGUUUGUGAAUCCAAGGACAGUAUUCACACUGAUAGAUUGACUAUAUACACAUGGAUGGACUGUUUGACUCAGCCGGUAAGACGAAGAGAGGUUGCUCUAAAUCAAGAAAUUGUCCGAGUCAGAAGCAUACUACCUUUGUGCCCUAGCCCCUAAGCUAUUCUUAGUCCUGAGUGAGAGCUUUACUAUUCGAUUAUGCCUUCAAUGGCUUAUUCCGAAUCUUCCUGUUCCGGGCAUUGACUCAUUGAUAGCACCUUUGGGAUAGAGGAAGGUUCUGCGGCUUACUACCAUGAGGAAAAAUCUCCAAGAAAAGUAUCUGAUUCUGGGUCUGGUUCUGUACCUUACCCUUACUACUAUCAACUUCGAAUAUAUUGUUGCAACUCAAAAUUAUUUAUAUAGGGCAACUAUCGAAUACUAAAGCGUUCCCCUUUGAUUCUUAUUAUCUGUGUUCGCCCUUGGAUGACACUUUCGAAAGCAUAUAUCCACGAGAAAGAAGUUCCAGAGGGGCGUGAAAGUAUCGAAAUGCGUGUGCGGGCAUUGUUUGCUGCUACCUUGGAACUCCUAUUGAGUAAAGCAGUCAAUAUUAUGACUGGCAAAGCAACUAAAGCACCGGAGCUCUUCUAACCAAAACCUAUUAUAAAGGAAUACAAGGUCAGUCGAUACGAGACUUUUGAUGCCCUAAAAAGUACUCAUCAAAAGGUGCAGCCCUUUAGGGUUAUAAAGUAGGGGUAACCUAGUCUUUCUCUAGUGGGGAUACAAUCCUUUAUACUAGAGUGGAUAUAUCAUAAUCCGGAGGUCUGGCUUCGACAACCUGUACCAUCUAUGGCCAUGACGCCGGUACUGGAGCGACAACGUCGGAGUUACCACUAGCACAGACAACUAUUCCGAAUUAUGUAUAUAUCCUCGGUUGACGAUCUAAGACAUCAAAAAUCUUAGAGAAUGAAAAUUCAAAAUUACUACCCUCAAGAACCGAACUUACAAGAAUCCCCUUCAGGUAGGGAGAGAGGGGCUUCCCCCUCCCUAUCCACCACUCUAAAGGUUGCCAGUCUUUCCCGAUUGGUGACGAAGCCUCUUUCCGGGGCAUGACUCCCAUUGGGGGCUUGUCCAGCAUUCGCUGGAUCCUCUUAUAUCUCCUGCUGAUAGUAGGAGAAUCCAUACGAGCCCGAACACGGAAACCCGCUCCCGCAAACUGAAGCACGGCGGUUUUAUCCAUCCCAUACUUAGCUGCAAGCUUACAGUAACCUACUAGAGAGUUAGACGCCAUAAUUGCACGAGCAGAUACUGGAGAGAGGUCCUUUUGGAUCCCAUCUACCCAGAACUGCUUCGCGAACUCUAUCGCCCCAGUUUUCGACCUAAUGGACUUUGCGUCCGAGAUCUUUACCUGAAGCUGGCUUCAAAGCCUAACAUACUCCUGCGCCACUUGCUCGUCGGCGAUUACAAUAUCAUCACCUAACAGAGCGUAUCGAGUAAAUGGAUACCUCCGAUUUGGAUUUACACGAUGGGCCGCCAUCCACACCACAUAAUGGUGGGACAGCGCGAAGAGAGCCCAAGAGCCGGCCGUAGCCCAAUGGCUGUCCAACAACGAAACACAACUGCCUUGGUUUUCCCUUAAUGAUAGGGAAGCCCAAGUAAGCUGCAUUUAAGGCUAGACAACCAUGAACUAUACACGAAGCCAUAGUUGGUCCGAAAAUGCACGCUACUAAAUAAUGCAUAAUGGACACAGGCCACCGGUCGGUGGCUGAACUCAAGUCAAAAGAGUAACACUCCUUUGGAGCCCAGCGUGAUAACCGAUGGAUGGGUCCCACCUGAUGAUAGGACCCAUCUGAUGGGAGUCGGCUUAAAACCGACAUAGCCCAAUCGUGUACAGGGCGGAGAAGACGCUGUUUUACAUAGUUACACCUAUGACAAACAAACGCCUUUUCCCGGCACCUUCAAUAACCUGAGCAAACCUACCUGGACGAAGAUACACACCCUCAUAAGCACUAGCCAAUUGAUCAAAGACCAAACCGGGGUUGUGCUCAUAAAAGCGCAAAUCCUCGUUUGCAGCCUGGGUAUUAGACUGAAUAUCUAGGGGCCAUAAGACCCUUUUGACAAACAUUAUCCCAGGACCCCUCCCAAGAAUGAAUCAAACGCAAUUGCAAAGCGAAGGCUGCUACCUCGUAUUUCAACGAUGUGAAUACGUUGGGCUCGAUCAAAUACAAAUUGUUUGUCACUGUUAGGAAGAGAUUUCCAUGUCGGCAUCCACCUAAGUCCCUUAUUUAAUGGGAUGGUGGAGAUCCAAGGAAGGUCAAGGGAUUGGAGACGCGGAAAUACCGCUUUCAGUUCUCCCAAAAGUUCCUUUACCAGGCCCACAUCACCGAUAGGAGUUGUAAUCGAACUUAAUGUGGAAGCCCUAACCGGCUUCACCUCCAUCACAAUCCGAGACAACGAGAACCACGAUAAGUCAAGCUUUACCAAACGAUCACCCCUCUCUCCCCGGGCACCUAUAAUGGCCCUGUGAUGAGACGGUAUAAUCGCCGGAAUCCCGGACCUACUCAGUUUGACCGCUGGUCCAGACAUACAAUGUAAGCGCUCCUUCUCUUCACCAGCAUAGAAUCGCAUUAAGCUAACUCCACACUGUUUCAGAUAAAGAGCGGCAAACAAAUAGCCAGACUUUCGAACCAAACGGAGAAUCUCUCUUGCAAGAACAAUCGUUACAACACCACACUCACGGUUGAUAGACCCAGUACAGACUCAGGUAAUUAUGAUUAGAAACGACCUGAGUCUGCUCGUUCUUAUCUAUAGAUAACGCAAGAGAUCACUUAUGACCUCGCGGAUGGAGAGGGAUUCGAACCCCCGGUAUUCCUAUAAAUACUUCGGUUUUCAAGACCGACUCUUUAAACCGCUCAGACAUCCAUCCCCUUCGCGCUUCGCCCGCCCUCUCCGUCCUUAGCUGGCAGGUAGGGGCUUAUCUAUGUGAUUCGCAACGCUUGCUUGCGCCUAUCGGCGGAUUCUAUUGCCUGCCGGUUAGCGACACUUUUCCGGUAGUACGAAUCGCUACGCUUCGCCUGUUUCUAUAUGAUAAUAUGCAUCUUGGUUGCUGCGCUCCCUGCGGGUAAUAGCAAGAGAGACCAGAAUAAGGAUUCUCCAAACAAAAAGAGUGAUUGAGCCCGACUCAAGCGAGUGAGUGAAAGGCGUGGCAAGAGAGCAAGUUCGACUCGCGAACGAUCAGCAAGUGAAGGACCGAUCCUUUUGCGCCAAUACUGUUGCGAGACUGGUACUUGGCGGCUCACGAGCAACAUAUAGACUCAGGUUGCCCCCUCGCUCUUUUUUGAAGGCCUUUGUCCCCUAUCGAAACUCGUGUUUUUAUUAACCAACAACACAUGCACUUUGUUGGCACUAAAAAAAAGGUGAUUCAAUCCACUAGUGCAACUGAAGGAAUUACCUAUUCUUAACCGAUAACCACUGCUUGUGAACAGCUCUCCUAAACUGAAGGCGCACCUACUCUUACUAGAAGUAGAGUCUCUCUCAGCUUUCGAUCUCUAACUCACUUACUUACUUAAUAGGCCGGAAGAGAUCUAUUCAGAAAACCCGAUUUCCUGUCUUAAUAACCUGACUCAAAUGAGAAGCGGUUAAGAAGACCGAGAUAUCACUUGACUUUGAUAUCCAGAUUUGAACUGGACUUCAACGUCUUUGGAUCCUGCUUACAACUCGUUUCACUCCACUUUCACUGGCAAUAUCUAAUUUGAUUUUCCGGAAUCCUUGCUCCUGGCUUAUAUUCACAUAGGCCACUCAUAAGAAGAAGACGUUCAACUCCCUAAAACACGUGUAAUUGAGAGAGUAAGAAUAUCAGUGCCUUGGGUAAAUGCCUACCUUCAGGAGAAGAUUACCGAAUGAGUUUUGUCCUCUGCGCUUCCCAAGAUAGGGAGAAGGGCAAUGUCGGCCACCGCUUGCUGACGACGGAACGCAUCGUCAAUUGAAAAGGGUCCUCGCCCAAAUCCCAUUCUAUUUUGAUUCAGAACAUAAACUGGCAUAAAAGCUGUCAUGCGUUUAUUAAGAUGAAAGGUAUGGGAUUUUAUUGAAUAGUUUACUAAGCCCCUUGUUGUUAGACGCGCAGGAGUUUUCUUGCUCGUUAGCGCUAAACUAAUCCGCUUGUCAAUUCUUGGUGUAAUACUCACUCGGAAAUGAUUGGUGUCAGAAUGUCGGGAAAAAUGAUCCUAACCUAUACAUUACGAUUCCCAAGUUCUAUUGACCCUGU